GUUUCCUUCCAGGGCAGCCGGCAGAAAGGAGGAAGGCGGUGCUGUCUCUGGCCGCGGCCGGCUCUCCCGCUCCUUGCCGUGCUGGGGGCUUUUCCCUCCGCCCGCGGCUGGGAUCCCCUCCCUCUCCCGCUCUGCUGCGGCCGGGCCGGGCUUCCCCCGACGGGAGGAGCGAGCAGAAGAGGCGCUGCUGCUGCUUAAAGAAACAGACGCCUGCCUGCCUGCCCUGUUUGUCUGGCAGCAGCAGCGAGAGCGAGCAAGCCCGGCGUUCCCACCCACUUGAACCGGAACCGUUUUUCCCCUUUUCUUCCCCCCGCUUCUUUUUUUUCCUUUUUGCAAAAGGCAGCCUCGGGGUUCGCUGCUGCUGCUGCCGCUGCUCGCUGGCGGGGGAGAAAAGGCUGCGGUGUUGCCGCCGCCGCCAGCCCGCCCCUCCUGCCGCUGCUGCUGGGAAGAGGAAGAAGAGGCGGCGGAGCGGCGGAGGGCAAUGGGGCUGCGGCUCUGCAGCAGCAGCAGCAGCAGAGGCAUAGCCCGGCUUUGCAGCAGCGCCUGCCUGGGCACGAGGACUGAGCCGCGCGGCGGGGCAAGGCGGCUUGCAUGAGCCUCGGGGCACACCAGCAGCCGCCGGGGAGCGCGGCCGGCGGGAGCCUCGCUUGCUGCCGCCGCCACCGUAGUCUUGCCCCGCAGCGGCGCUUGCCGUUUCCCAGCACGCUGAUGGCUUCUCGACGUCGCUGGUGACUGCUGCCUCCCUCCUCCUCCUCCUCCUCUACCAUCACCCUUCCUUCCUUCCCUUCUUUUCCCUUCCUUCCUUCCUCCUCUUUGCACGGGCGGCGGAGAUGGGGAACACGACCUCAUGCUGCGUGUCGUCCAGCCCCAAGCUGCGGAGGAAUGCCCAUUCCCGGCUGGAGUCCUACCGCCCCGACACCGAGCUGAGCCGGGAGGACACGGGAUGCAACCUGCAGCACAUCAGCGACAGGGAGAACAUCGACGGUAAGGAGAGACCCCCUGUUCGCCUCCCCCUCGCCCACAACCGCGCGAGACCCCGGGUUUUGCGGCGUGCAUAUGGGAAAAGAGAGAGAGAUUCCCCCAUUCAUGCACGUGGGAAAGCCUUCCUGCACCCGUCAAGCAACAAGCAACAUUCCAAAGACGGCUUAAUAAAAACUUGAGCCUUGGAGCGGUCUCUCUUUCUUUGCAUUUCAAUUCUUUGCAAGCUAGAGAUCGGCAUCCCCGAAGAAGGAAUGCGGAAGAGCGCUCCUGAGCAUGUUUUGGGUUGUGUGUGUGUUAAGCGGGGGGGGGGGGUAGCCUCUGAGCAUGUGCUGAUUGCUCUUCGGGAGGGCUCUGCCUUUACGCGUGAUGAGGAGAAAGCCAUCUGGGGUGUCAGAUUUUGGGGGUUCUAUUAAGGGUUGCAGAUUGUCAGUUGCAUAAGAGGAUUGCUUUUUUAUAUUUUUUCUCCACCUGCCCACCUCAGGUAACAAAAUAUGCCUCCCUUGCUUAAUGACAGAGCCUUGGGGAAAGGGCUUGAUUUGGGACACUGCUGGGUGUCUCAAGGAUCCUUUAGCAGAGGCCACCAAAGAGUUAGAGGCUUGAGGCCUUCCCGUCGUUUUAGUUCUGUUUAUUUAUUGCAUGUAUUUAUAUUCAGGAUGCAAAGCCUUCCAAGGCAGCUUGUGAUGGUUUGUGGGUUGUUUUUUUAAAAUCACAGUAAACAGCACCAACAUAUAAAAAGUAACCAGGAUCCUUCCUGCCACAGAGCAGUUGGUAGUAGAUAGAAUGGCCCAGCCAUGGUGGAAUAGGCCAUCUGGGGCAAUAUGUCUCUUCUAGCUCCUGAAAUCCUGAUGGCAGAUGUGGACCAUUUUUCAAACUUCCAACCUAAGAAAUAUGCCUUGGUUAAAAAAAAAAUAUUUCCUCAUGGGCUACUAGUGAGUCUCCACAUGCUGCUUGUGCUUUUUGUGUGGGGGUCAGCGCUGGAGCCAUGUUCUCUUGUUGAGAGCUGUGCGCGGGGAGGACAUGCCUGUGCUCAAAGACUUUCUUAAAGCAAUUGUCGUGGAGCAGGUCCCACAAUUUGCCUGGGGUCCAGGUCACUUCCCUUGGUCUCUUUAGCAGAGUUGCGAAGGGAAAAUGUCUCUCACCUCGCCCUUCUAAUUUUCUUGGGGAAGCUAGGCUGCCCUAGCCAGUGUACCGCAGAACUGGAUGGUAAAGUUUUGUGGUACGUUGUGCUAGGCCAACCCUACAACUUCUAGGGUGGCACAAGGUAAGCACAUUCUUUCCCCAUGCACCAUAGAUGGAGCUUUACCACAGCUACAACCAUGUUUGACCAUUGGCUGUACUGGCAGGGGCUGAUGCAUAGCUGUCAACUUCCCCCUUUUCUAUUCAGAAUAAGGAAAUUUCCCUUAAAAAAAGGGAAAGGUUGACAGCAAUGGGCUGAUGGGAAUCGGAGUCUAAACAUCUGGAGGGUCACAGUUUUUGCCCUGCCACCAUACCAAGGGGGAAGAGAACUAACCCUUCAGUCUGUGAGCAAGAGGUCUUGGGACAAUGCGGGAAUUUCUGCCCACUUCCUGAUCUUCUCAAGUGUUUUGUGUAAGAAGGGAAGGGAAUAUCCAACAGUUGUUUCCCAACUCCAGUUCACAGAGGAAUGUGUGUGACCUUGAGUUACUAAGAGAAAUAGCCAGUAUUUGAAGGGAGGAGAAGGGGCAGCUCUAGGUCUUUUUUCCCUGACCGCCUUUUUGUGAAGAGAAACUGAGGAGGACCUUGAAAAUACUGUUGUGGUCCCAUGGACACUGUGAGAUGGUUCUCAGGGUAUGUUUCUAGGGUAGCCUAAUUUAUCCCUUAACCUGGUGCACUUUGCUGGUUUUUGGACUACAACUCCCAUGAUGAAGGGCACUAGGUUUGGGGAGACUGUUUUAGUGGGGUAGGAAAGGGACUGGAGUGUGCCUUUCCUCCCUCCAUCUCGUUACUGACUGAAAUUUUAUUUUUUCCUCGUGUAGCUCCUGCCUGGUCCGGCGCUUUCAUUUGAAAGUGGCAGCGUCAAAAUGCUGUGGGGUUUUCUUGUUUUUGUUUUUUGUUUUACCUCAUGCUGUUCAUCCAUCCACAUGUGAUCAUCACUGUCAUUCUGUUGUGGGAAAUGCUAGCAUAUGUUGCUCUUGCUUUUGAUGGAAGAAGCUUUUGGAUGUUAUCGUGCCACUCUGGGGGGACGGCUUUUUGGAGGCCCUCAUGUCUUUGGCCCGUCAGUAUUUUUCCCCAUACUCUAGAAGGGAAAGCCUCUCACCCCCUCCCCCCCAAAAAUCCCAUAGUUACUUUUUGUUUAAGGUGCAGUGUGUUCCUAGGCAACAAAUUGCUCUCCUUUUUGUGUUGCCUUUUAUGGGGUUCUCGCCCCCCCCCAAGUCUGUAUAUCUGUGGGAAAGCCUGUAAUAUUUAAGAAUGCUAUCCUUUUGGGCUUCACAACAUGUUGUGGACAUAUAUGGGUUCUUGCAGUAUACAGGCCUCUCAAGUUCAAUCAAAUUUGUAGGGUUGGGACCAACUAACUACUCAAGAGUAGACCCAUUGAAAGUAAUAGACCUAAGUUAGUCAUGUUUGUUAACUUUUGUUCCGGCUUCUGCUCAUUAACUGGAUCUAUUCAUCUAUUCUAAGUAUGACUAGCACUGGAUACAAACCAUAGCUUUGAGAAUCUGUCUAUAUUCAGUUUCAGAAACAAGCUGCGGUUCAUCAGAUCUGAAUUAGUAUCAUGGGAUAAUUGUUCUGGUUUGUGCUAAAUUUCACUGAGAAAUGUAGACAGUCACAGAUACUGGGCAGGUUUCUUCUGUGGCAGUCUUUACUGAUGCCUUCCCCUGCAUGGGUUGACAAGACAUUGGUAUAAUGGAUUAAUAACUCUUGUGCUAGAGUCAGAGAGCUAUUUGAAAAGUGUCUGGGAAAUCCUGACUUGCCUGUCAAGUCGGUGUCCUUUGCAUUAGUUAAUUGGAAUCUUGUCAGUUCUUUUAAAAGUGUGUCCAUCCACACAUGUUUCUCUUAAAAAAAAAAAAAGCAAAACUGGUAGCUUCAACUUUUUCAUACACCAGAUUUUAUAUUAACACAUUAUUUCCCCAUGUUCAUUGGUUUGAUUUGAAAUAUUGCAUAGAUAGACUAUUGUUUCUUAAUAGUGUGUGGAUGUUGGCUAAAGUUGAGACAUUUAAAACACAUUGUUAUUAUUAUUAUUAUUAUUAUUAUUAUUAGACUUUUUUGGGGCCACAGAUGAGUAGCUGAUGAACAUUCCUAAUGCUCUCAGAGUGAUUCUUAUGUUGCAACGUCAGAAAUGGCCAGGUUAGCAAUGAGUGCAUUUUAUGACACGCUAAUAGGAAAAAAAAUCUGACCAUCUGACAAGAUGUGCUCAGUGCUGCGUGGUAUUUAUUUUGUACCUUUUCAAGGUAAAAUGACAGUUCUAAAAAAUAAUUAUUUUGUGUAAGAUUUCUUUUUGCGAAAUAAUCUACACUUGACUUGGAUUCGACCCCUUGCUGAAAGCCAGUGUGUUCACAGGGUUCAUUUUGAAUGAAAGCAGAGGGGAGGGUGUGGCCUAGCCUGAGCUCUCUACUCAGUUAAUGAGUUAUUCAAGUGUGUUUAUAUGUGGGAUUUAUUAACCCCAGUAGAUAAGCAAUGUAAUAUGUGUCAAAUAGAUCGAAAGAAAUGUUGGUAUUUGUUGUACUUUGAUAGCUCAGCAAUAUACGAAUAUUUUCUGAUAUAUAAAAAUAUAUAUAACCAUGUGUCUUUUUUGUUAAUUAUUUGCAUUGCUUCUCUGAAUUGGAUACCAAAACCUGUUUCAGGUUCAGUACCUCAAGGUUUGGUGAGGAUCGAAAGAUGGAAGGGAAAUAAAUCUUUGUCUCUCAAACAGGCAUAUAGCACUGUGUAUCUUUAAUUUUGCAGUCAGAACUAUUGGAGAUUUCCUAGUUGGAGAUGGCUAGGAUGAUUCCAGCUUGCAAUAAAACAAAUCCUCUCUCUCAUGCCAUUUCUUGACAAGACCGACACCAUAAUUCUUGUAUCUCUUUAAUUGUUUACAACUUGAAACUUCAAAAAUCCCGCACAUUUUCACAGUGGAGGAAUUUGUCUGGCCUUAAGAUUACUUCUUGACCGUAAUGUUCAGGGUUCAGUUUAUGUUGAAUUUAUGACACCCCCGCCUCCCCCGGUUUAAUAAUAAUAAUAAUAAUAAUAAUAAUAAUAAUAAUUUAUCCCCCGCCCUCCCCGGCCAAAACUGGGCUCAGAGCAGCUAACAUCAAAUGUAUAAUACAUUAAUCAUGCUUUAGCCGUUAAGUGAUAUUUCCCACCAUUAAGACCUUUUUGUGGCGACUGUAACAACUGGUUGUGCUCAACAAAUGCAGGCCCUCUCUACCUUUUGCUAAAAGCAACUGUUUUAUAAAUUCCAUUAAUUAGGGGAUUAAUGCUGUUAAGAACCGGCUAAAGCAUCAUCUGAUCCUUAAAAUGCUCUUGCAACACGAUCCUAUUAGCUGAAGCACUGGCAAAUUAGCAUUUAAGAUUAGAUGCCAUGAUUUCUGCAUUGCUAUGCUGCCGUUAUCUGUGAUGUUCCCACUCACGUCACACGCUGAUCCAGGAUAUUGUAGCCAUAUAACAAUGCCAGAUGCUGUUUGUGGGGUGGGUUUGAAUAUUAAUAGCGUAAUAAUUUCAGCUCUGAUGCAAUGUUUUCCUCCCUCAUGCUUGGAAUGAAGCACUAACAAAGUACUGCUAGAUCACAUCUUGCACUGUCAAUUCCGGACCAGAAAUCUGCAUCCCAUAUAACUGGGCCACUAAUAAAAUCCAUUCAGGCCUCCUUUUUAUGGCAUGUCAAUCGCGUGGUAAAUUUUCUGUGCAUGGUGGAACAACUCUUGACUGGGGAUUGUUUUUCAACAUGAUUUAUUUGCUAGACAGGGGCAGUUUAUUUUCUUCAACCAAGUAUGUGGGAAACUUUUUGAUCAAAGGCAGAAUUGUACAAGAGCUUUUAGGUUUGUCGAACCGGAUGCAAAAGACUCAGGGUUUCAGAGCAGCAGACAGAUUGUUUUGCAGUCUUUGCAUGGCUUGCUUAAAGAAAAUUUAAUAAAAAGGAACGUUCCGUUAGAUUGGGUUGCAACAUAUUCAGGACGCAUACCCAUAUAGCUCCAUUGGGUCUGUGGAAUAGUGCAUGUGCUGUUAAGGAUGGAGUGCAUUGUUAAGGAAUCAAAAUAUUUAUAGUUUUUCAAAGUAUUGCUACAAUAUAGUCUUCCAUAUAUAUAUAUAUAUACACACACACACACACAGUUGACGCAAACUUUAGAGUGAUUUCAUCAUCUGGAAUGUGAGCCUUUCAGUGCUGCUGAUACUUUUUUUGUAUUUCCUUGCAGUUGAUUGAAUGAAUUCUGAUAAAUUGUAUGUCUAGCGUAUUAUUUCAGUUAGAGGUCUGGGCAAGACAUAUGCAGACAAGGUGUAAGACAGUUGGCAUAUCAGUCAUUUUUAAUAACUAGACAUAAGAAUAAUUGAAAAUGUAUAAGUGAUCAUACUGUACUUUGUUAAAAGGCUCGCACAUUGGCUGUCUUGGGACGACAAGGGAAGCCAUGUGGCUUAUCUAUGGGAAUGAGUACCAUGCCAAUUCAUGCUGCUGAGUGCUCCUGCUGCACUCCUUUCUUAGCGCAAACAGGGUAAUAAACCAUAAGCCAUAAGCCUUGGGCUAGCAUUGCAUUUGGACUAGUGAUUGUGGUUGUUUCUCCCAGGGGGAGAUCAUGAUUGGUUUCAGAUCAUGAUUGGUUUGGAGAGAAACCAGCCAUGAGGAUUGAUUUGGAUGUCCAAUGGUUUGUUGUUUAUGGUUACACUAGAGGAGGAUCGUGGGUGGCACCAUUUGGCAGCAUGCACUAGCUGCUUAUUCACAGCAAACCAUGGCUUAUGGCUUACCAUGCCGUCCAGAUGUGAUCGCUGAAAUUUAUAUAUUAUAUAUUAUUAUUAUAUUAUAUUUUAUAUAUAUAUAUGUAUAUACUAUUAUUUAUAUAUUAUAUAUUAUAUUAUAGUUGAUAUUGAACUGAGUGCUCCACCUAUGUUGUGUGAUAUGCUUAUGUGGUCAUUCCGCAGCCAUGGCACAAUUUCUCCUAUUGGUCUUGCCAUACAUGAGAUGUUGCCUUGGGAACUUAGUAGUAAUGGUAGCCAGAAACUUUUCUGUUUGCACAUCUCAUUAGAAACUCUUGUCUCUUAAAACCCUUCUGGAUUCAGUGCUUGCUGUGGCAGAGUGGUGCUGGCUGCCAAGACCUUGCCAUUCUUUCCACUUUGAUAAACAGCCACGGAAAUUUUUUGUAUAUGCAUAUUUGCCAUUGGUUUAUAAUAAAAAAGUACAAAAUUAUGCCUUGGAUUGUACUGAGCUGUGAAAGUGGUCUUAAUUCAUGGCACAUUGUACGGGUGUAAAUUUAAAUCACAUGCAUAAUUUAUUCAUUUUUCAUUUAAAAACCAGCUGUAUUACAUAUUUGAAGCUUGCUACUGUGUAAAGAGUAAAUGUGUAGAAAUUGAAAUGUUUCUGGCAUAUAUUGCCACUUAAAUGUCAAGUGCAGGAAGGCACUAGAAAGCCACUUUGGAUGGCAGUGUUCGCCCCUGUGGUUGUAAAGCUGCUCAUACAACAAUAGCUUUGAGAGCGAAGACCUUCACCAACUUAAAUCUCAGCUUUCAUUCCUGGAGGAUGCAGCAGUAAAGCAAAGUAUAACUGAAGAGACCUGCUCCUUUUUAAAGAGGGAUUAUUAACUCCUUGCUAGUCUUGUUAGUUAAUGAGGAUACGUGGUGUAUGCCAGAAAGAGUGAGUAGCAAAUACUUAAGUGGCUAUUCAGUGUGCUCUGCUGCUGUUCAUCGUUAUGUAGUUUGCAUAAAAAAGAUUAUAUUUGAUGGCAUAUAGUUGUAUUUUUCCAGGUGUAGCAGUGUCAUUGUGGAGAGAACAGGGAAGUUGAAGAGUGAAGUGGGUGAAGGAACCAGAUCAAAGUUCGUUUGUUUCCCUGCGAAGUUUCCCUUGUGCAUUAGUGAUUCAGCAAUUUAUGGGUAUGGGUGUCUGUUAGCAAAUUGUUCUUGCAUUCCUGUGACCUCUUCACAAUUUCCAAAUAAUCAGUAACAGAAUAUGUGGUGUCUCUGUCUCUACCCUUUUGCAUGAGUUCUGGAAAUCUUUAGGGUAAAUGUAGAUGUUUGAACACACAAUUCUGCCAUGUUGCAUCGAGCUCUCUUGCUAAGUUAGAGGAAGAUAAUAAGAGAGGACUCUGUAGCUUGAAAGCCAAUUUAGAUUUGGAAUCAAUUACUAAUUUCCUUUCUAGCUAUAUCCAUUUUAUGUUGCAGGACCUAACAGUGACUUUUGCUUACCUGUCGUUUUUUUUGAAGGAAGGGUAGGGAAAAAUUUCUUCUUCAUUUCUGUUAGUACAUGAACUUGCAUGCGCAGAUUAAAAUGUAUUCACUUUCUCUGUAGAUGCUUUGCAUUUUGCUCUGGGCAAGGUCAUUGAGAAUGUAAAGAAAGCAAAAUUGAUGCUUCCCUCCCCCCUUUAUGUUGGAGUAGUGGUUUUUUUUUUUUUAAGUAGGAAUAAGAAUCCAUUGGGAGCUCCAGUGACAGACCCUUUUCUCAGCCUCCUUGCCUGUACCUGAGCUAGUAGAGACAGACACAAAAUUGUAGGUUUCAUUGCAGUCUUGAGAGUGACUUUAAAGUUAUGUUCCUCACCACAUGUCCCACUGUCCCCCUUUUUGCUGAUGCACAUUUAUUAUCUCCCAUUAUCCCAGUCAUUCCUCUCUGUCACCCUUUGUUGUCGUUUAGUCGUGUCCGACUCUUCGGGACCCCAUGGACCAGAGCAUGCCAGGCACUCCUGUCUUCCACUGCCUCCCACAGUUUGGUCAAACUCAUGUUAGUAGCUUCAAGAACAGUCUCCAACCAUCUCAUCCUCUGUCGUCCCAUUCUCCUUGUGCCCUCCAUCUUUUCCAACAUCAGGGUCUUUUCCAGGGAGUCUUCUCUUCUCAUGAGGUAGCCAAAGUAUUUGAGCCUCAGCUUCAGAAUCUGUCCUUCAAGUGAGCACUCGGGGCUGAUUUCCUUCAGAAUGGCUAGGUUUGAUCUUCUUGCAGUCCAUGGGACUCUCAAGAGUCUCCUCCAGCACCAUAAUUCAAAAGCAUCAAUUCUUCAGCGUUCAGCCUUCUUUAUGGUCCAGCUCUCACUUCCAUACGUCACUACUGGGAAAACCAUAGCUUUAACUAUACCGACCUUUGUUGGCAAGGUGAUGUCUCUGCUUUUUAAGAUGCUGUCUAGGUUUGUCAUCACUUUUCUCCCAAGACGCAGGCGUCUUUUAAUUUCAUGACUGCUGUCACUACCUAGCAACCUCAUUAAGAGAAUUAACAUUCUAUAACUUUUUUUUAAAAAAAACUACCUAAAUUCAUUAUCUCUACAAGAAAGUUAGCAUAAUGUGGGUUUUUAUUUCUAGUCGUAAGGAUUACAUGAGAAGACUCUGCUUUCUUCUCCUUUACAGAUCCAGCUUAACUCACAUGCUGCUAUAGCAUUCUGUUUUCAACUGGGAUCUAUGGCACACAGUCUCCCUACUUGGGAGCUCACACCAGAGAGCGCAUAUUCAUGAAGUAACAUCACUCAGUUAAUCUGCUGGUAUACUGGGCUCAACUCCUUGACUGCUUUCCUAGUGCCAGGUCCAGCCGCUAUACUUAUAGUAUUAUUUAUGCUCAACCUUAAAUAAUAAUAAUAAUGGCCUCCAUGUGUAAACAAAUAUGGCUGUUCCCAAUGGCUUCUUGUGCUUGGGAGUUCCAAAUGGGCAUCUUCUUUUUUUCCCUCUUAGAAGCUUUUUGAUGUGUGACUAUGCAUUGUCUUGUGAAUAUGUACGCCAUUGGGUUUGGUCCGGAAGCUGUGGCUCGUGCAGGAUGUAUCGCAGCCCCUCUUAUGGCUGGGGUUGUCUUCUGUGAACACAUCACGUCAGUGCUGAGGGAACUACACUGGCUGCUAUUACGUUACCGAGCCAAGUUUUAAGGUUUUACUGUUGCUGUAUAAAGCCCUAAAAACGUGGGACUAGGUAUUUUGGAAUAUCUGACUGCCAGGAAUGAGAAACAAGCUAUCUUGAUGUUUGUAGAUGCUGAAAAGGCCUUUGAUAAUAUAUCAUGGGAAUUCAUGUUGAAAAACUUAGAGUAUAUGGAGGUGGGGAGUGAUUUUUAUAAUGGAAUAAGGGCAAUUUAUACGGAGCAGAAAGCAAAAUUGAUUGUGAACAAUGUAAUUACGGAAGAAGUGAAGAUUUCGAAAGGUACAAGACAGGGAUGUCCUCUUUCGCCAUUGUUAUUUAUAACGGUCCUGGAAGUCUUUUUAAGGUCAAUUAGACAAAACGAACUAAUAAAAGGGGUAACAGUAGGUCAGAACGAAUAUAAAGUUAAAGCCUUUGCAGACGAUCUGGUAAUUACGAUAGAAGAUCCUCUAAAAAGUGUAAACGAGGUGUUGGAGGAGAUUGAACAAUUUGGUAAUGUGGCAGGAUUCAGAUUAAACAAGAAAAAAACUAAAGUGAUUGCAAAAAAUAUGGAGCACAGAAUGAUAGAUGAAAUGCAACAACAAACAGGGAUUGAGGUGGCGAAGAAAGUAAAAUAUCUGGGAAUAUGGUUAACUCCUAAAAAUAUCGAUCUAUUUCAAAAUAAUUAUAUACCGGUGUGGACUGAGAUUAAAAAAGAUCUGGAGGUGUGGGGAAGGAUGAAACUUUCUUUCUGGGGCAGAAUUUCAACGAUUAAAAUGAGUGUGCUUCCAAAGAUGUUAUUCUUAUUUCAAAUGAUUCCAAUAAUUAAAGGGACAGCAAUUUUUAAGGAGUGGCAAAUAAUAAUUUCAAGAUAUAUAUGGCAGGGCAAAAAGCCGAGGAUACAAUUCAAGUUACUAACAGAUUCGAAGGAAAGAGGAGGCUUCGCCCUGCCAGACUUGAAAUUAUAUUACGAGGCGUUGUGUCUCUGUUGGUUAAAAGAAUGGAUAAAAUUAAAAAAUACUAAAUUGUUAGAUUUAGAAGGAUUUGAUAACAGAUUUGGAUGGCAUGCGUAUUUAUGGUCAGAAAAGAAGAAAAGUCAUAAAGGUUUUGAGAACCAUAUCUUCAGGAGAUCUUUAAUAGAAAUAUGGCAUAGGUAUAAAAACCUAUUAGAACCAAAAGUUCCACACUUGCUGUCUCCAUUAGAGGUUAUGAGUAUAAAGAAAAUCAAUAUGAGAGGGAGUUGGGCUACAUAUGGAGAAUUGAUAAUCAAAGAAGGAGGAAAAUGGAAAAUGAAGCCAUAUGAACAAGUAAAAGAAUAUGUAUUUGAUUGGUUGCAUUAUUUUCAGGUAAAUGAAAUGUAUAAAAACGAUUUUAAAGAGAGUGGAUAUGCAGAAAAGGAAUCAAAAUUUCAAAUGGAGAUAAUAAAUAAUGAUUAUAAGGUACUGUCAAAAAUGUAUAAAAUGUUGUUGGAAUGGUAUACGAUAGAUGAGGAAGUAAAGUCGGUUAUGAUACACUGGGCCAGAGAUUUUGGAUACAAUAUACUAUUGGAUGAUUGGGGAAAAGUAUGGCAUGAAAAUAUAAAAUUUACAGCAUGUACUGCGUUAAAGGAAAAUAUCAUGAAAAUGGUAUAUAGAUGGUAUAUCACACCGGUUAAGUUAGCAAAAACGUGUAAUAAGUGUUGGAAAUGUAAAGAAAAAGAAGGAUCAUUUUAUCAUAUGUGGUGGGAAUGUAAAAAGGUGAAGGGUUUCUGGGAGAUGAUAUAUAAUGAGUUGAAAAAGAUCUUGAAAUAUACAUUUGUAAAGAAACCAGAAGCCUUUCUAUUAGGAAUAACAGGAAGUGAGAUAAAUAGAAGGGACUAUAAACUUUUUCAAUACACAGUAACCGCAGCAAGAAUAUUAAUGGCCCAGAAAUGGAAACAGGAGGAACUACUGACCCUUGAAGAGUGGAGAAUGAAACUUAUGGACUAUGCAGAGUUGGACAAACUAACUGGGAAGAUUAGAUACCAACGGGAUCACAAGUUCAUUGAGGACUGGGGAAAAUUUACAGAAUAUCUGAAAAGUAUAUGUGAUGAACGAACAACGCUAGUGGGAUUUAAAGAAGUUUUGUGAAAGCUAGAGGAAUAUUGUUAAAAAGAAACAGGAUAGUUAGGGUAUGCUAAAAGGCAAUAUUAUAUUUAGAGAAUGCGGAAAGUAUGUAAAAAUAUGGAUGAUCUGCAGAGAAGCUGAUGGAAGUCUAAAAAGUUGAAAUUUGUGAAAAAAAUUUGAUAUGGUGAAUUGGUAUAAUGGAAAACUUAAUAAAAAUUAUUAUAUAUAAAAAACAACAACGUGGGACUAGGAUGUCUAUAUACCUUCCUGUCCGCUGCCGUCAUCUAGAAGGGGUCGUCCUUGUGGAGCUGCAUGCCCAGAUGUUCAUUUCAGGGCAGCUUGGACAAGGUCCUUCAGCUAUCCUAUGGAACAGAGUGCCUGUUGAAGUUAGAUUCCAACUCUGUAUGCAUUUUGUCAAAUGCUGAAAACUUUUUCUUUUUCAUUUUCACAGUCUUUCUCAGAAGAAUGAGUUUACUCGCAGGCAGUAUUUGCUUUUCUUUCUUUUUUAAAGAACUAUUCUAUCUGUUCUUGCUUUAUUUUUAUUAUUGUAUACCACUCUUGUUUUAUACCGAUGAUACUGUGAUGUGUAGUAGUUCACCAACGUUUCAUUUUUUAAAUAAGCAUUUUUAUUGAAAGUUUUCAAUAAAUACAUUAAAAACCCAACCAAAUAACAAAAAUUUUAAGAAACCCAAGAAAUGAGAGAGAAAAGAAAAGAGAAAGGAGGGGGAAAAUAACUAUAAGGGGCCUUUAUCACAUUUGUAUCAUAUAUAUCAUUUCAUCUAUCCACACACAGAAAGGUAGACCCUCCCAGUUCCCACCUGGAAGCCUACCUCAUAAACGUUCCAGAUCAAUCAGAAAAAUAAUAUAUGCCGUAAAUCCCAAUGUACUAUCUUUGUGUACCAGCAAGGAAGGAAUUGCUGUCAGAUAUGUCCAGCAGGAAAUGUACAGUGAAAUUGAGGCUUUAUGCCCAGUAUACCUUGACAGUGUACUUGCUGAAAGUAGCAACCUACCCUUUGGCCCUGACAGUAAUUGCCAAUUCUCUCUUCAUUAGAGAAUGUGAUGACUGUGAGGGCCAGGUUGUGCCAGGGGCAUGAUUUGUGACUUCCCCCUCACCCUUGAUGGCGGCUGUCUAAUAAUUGCGUCACAUGUCUCCUUCCUCUUCUCCUGCUCAAGUAAACUGAGAGACUGGUUUUUGCGUUACUUAGUUAGUGAAAAUAGCUGGCAGUUAGAUGAACGAGCAGCUGCUGUUGGCGCUAAGUGGUGGAUGUGUAGUUCUGGCACCAAGAAAUUGCCUUAACAUGGUGAUUGUUUCACCUUCUGGGGAUCACAGAGGAAAGGGCAUGAAAUGACUGGUGAAUGCUGGGAGUGAGCCCUGCAGCUGAGAGUACAGUGGAUGCUUGGGUUGCGAACAUGAUCCGUGCGGAAGGCACAUUCGCAAUCUGCAGCGUUCGCAACCCGCAGUGUUCACAACCCACAGCGCCACGUCUGUGCACACGUGAGUAACGAUUCGGUGCUUCUGCGCAAGGCGUGAUUUAGUAUUUCUGCGCAUGCACGAGCUCUGAAACCGGUACUUCCGGGUUUCGGCGUGUCCGUAAACCCGAAAACUCACAACCUGAAGCGUCUGUAACCCGAGAUAUGAUGUAUGUGAUUGUCCCUUCUAAAGGUUAAAGAAUGAGGAUGCAGGUCUAUCCCCACUAUGAGGACAAGGAGAUGCUGGGGACUGAAUUUGUGUACAAAAGCAUGGGUAGGCAAACUAAGGCCCGGGGGCCGGAUCCGGCCCAAUCGCCUUCUAAAUCUGGCCUGCAGAUGGUCUGGGAAUCAGUGUGUUUUUACAUGAGUAGAAUGUGUCCUUUUAUUUAAAAUGCAUCUCUGGGUUAUUUGUGGGGCGUAGAAAUUCGUUCAUCCCCCCCAAAAAAUAUAGUCUGGCCCCCCACAAGAUCCGAGGGACAGUGGACUGGCCCCCUGCUGAAAAAGUUUGCUGACCCCUGGACAAAAGGGACCUACCACUGAACAUUCCUUUCUCCUUCCAUGUGUAUUUUCUUCUGUAAACCCUGUAGGUGGAAACCAUAUGGUCUUUGCAUCCAGCAGGAGCAUUGGCCUCAAAGCCAAAAAAUACAGACAGAGUUGUCGGCAGAGGACAAGGUAACGUUUCCACAAUGUACGCAGGUAUUUAGAAUAGAAACAAGAAUGCUUGGUGUGUUUGAUCUACCACCUCUGCCACCCAGGGUCAUUUUCAGCUUUUUGCCUGUUGCUUUUGGAAGGAAAUGAAAGUGUUUCUUGGUUGAAUGUAGGAAUCCAGGGCUGAAAUAAAUAUAUAGCUCCAUUUGUCAUCUUUGGUACUAAGGAGCAUUGUUCCUAUCCAGCAGAAAAGGCUCUCUGUAUUUCUGGGCCCAUUCAAGGAAUUGUGUAUUUUAGAUUUCACAGGAGUUCAUAUCAGCUGAAUAAUUUUGUCUUCUGCUCCAGGGUGACACUACCCGGGGCUUUUCAUUCUCAUUAUUCCCCACCUCCCUGCACGAUCACUGUGUUUUUUAAAAAUACAAACAAUAUUCACAUUCAGAAAGCUGAGUAUAGCUUUGUGCAAGCCAAGAUUCCUUGUACAAGGCUAGAUACUGUUUUGAUGGUCAUUUUGGAAAUGGUUAUUUAGACGUUGCAUGUAAGAGCCCUCUCUGUGCCUGCCAGAUAGUUCUGCAGCACAUUUGUUUGAAUGAAGCUUGCCUGGCGAUUUCUCUCUUCAGUCAGCGUGUGCCGACACAACUUCCAAGUCCUGCUACAGAUGACUUACUGACCUCCUUUAAUGCCUACAGUCAAUGAGGCAAGUUGAACAAUGAGACUCCCAUUCCACUCCGCUGGUCGUAAUUUUUCCUUAGAGGUAUUUGAACUGUAUUGAUGUUUGUGUGUGUGGUUAAUGCUAAAACAAAAAUCAGCUAACAAUAUACAUACACCCCUUUACUGACCAAUUAUACUAAAUGAGCUUGAGAGAAAUCCCCAGGAAUUUUUCCUCUUAAAUUUUAGAUUGCAAUUAAGAGGUUUUGAUUAGUUAAAACACUUCUUCGUUGUUGUUGCUUUUGUUUUGCAUUUUAGGAACCCAAUCAAGGUGUGAUUCUUGGGGCCCUGCAUCAGUGCACUUGGGACAGAAUCCAUCAGGGAUGCCUCCUUUGCAAAACGCCUUUGACAUUUAUGAGAGUUGUGCCAGAUGGAGAGAUGUUGGUGCACAGCUCUGUUUCAUAACUUUUGCUUGGAGAUACAUUUGUUGGGUUCCUUCCUGGCACAUCACAAGCGCCUUCUCUCCCCAGUCUCUGCACAAUUUCAGGAGGUGUGCAAAAAUUGUGAUUGUUCCACGUUGUCACAGAUCCUCUGACUUUUGAACAUGGUUGUCAGGUCUUCAGCGCCACAAGCAAGCAAAUAACAUUGCCAGAGAUAAAUUAUUAUUUUAUAUGACUUUUCGCCGACAUCGGAAGGCAGCCCUGUUUCAGGAAGCUUUUAAUGUUUGAUGUUUUGCUGUAGUUUUUUUUGUAGUCUGUUGGAAGCCACCCAGAGUGGCCAGGGCAACUCAGUCAUAUGGGUGGAGUACCAGAAAUAAUAAUAACAAUUACUAGCAGCAUUUGGAUAGGCAGAAAAGAAGACAAGUUAGUAGCUUGUUCAUAUAGGGAGAAGCUGGUGGUCGCCUUUGGUGAUAUGUCCCAUGUUGUUGUUGUUUAGUCGUGUUCGACUCUUCGUGACUCCAUGGACCAGAGCACACCAGGCACUCCUGUCUUCCACGGCCUCCCUCAGUUUGGUCAAACUCAUGCUGGUAGCUUCGAGAACACUGUCCAACCAUCUCGUCCUCUGUCGUCCCCUUCUUGUGCCCUCCAUCUUUCCCAACAUUAAGGUCUUUUCCAGGCAGUCUUCUCUUCUCAUGAGGUGGCCAAAGUAUUGGAGCCUCAGCUUCACGAACUGCCCUUCCAGUGAGCACUCAGGGCUGAUUUCCUUCAGAAUGGAUAGGUUUGAUCUUCUUGCAGUCCAUGGGACUCUCAAGAGUCUCCUCCAGCACCAUAAUUCAAAAGCAUAAAUUCUUCGGCGAUCAGCCUUCUUUAUGGUCCAGCUCUCACUUCCAUACAUCACUACUGGGAAAACCAUAGCUUUAACUAUACGGACCUUUGUUGGCAAGGUGAUGUCUCUGCUUUUUAAAAUGCUGUCUAGGUUUGUCAUUGCUUUUCUCCCAAGAAGCAGGCGUCUUUUUAUUUCAUGACUGCUGUCACCAUCUGCAGUGAUCAUGGAGUUCAAGAAAGUAAAAUCUCUCACUGCCUCCAUGGAUAAUGGACAGAACUGUGAGCUUUUGAUCACUCAGUGGCACAGGAUUGGCUGUUUGGUGUCACCUGAUUGUCCAAAGCAGGAGGUUCUGGGCUGUGGUCCAAAUGUUUCAGCUUGAUACACCCACUGUUUCCUCCUGGCCAGCAACCCUCGGGAUGCAAUGCCACAUUUUCAGAUGGACAGAAUUGCAGCUGUGGAACCUGAUGACUGGUCUUUUGUGGCAGCAGCGGCGCAUUUCUCACUUGCUAUGGGCCGUGAGCAGGACAACCUGCUCUCACUUGUCUGGUGAGCAGGACAACCCCUUCCUUCUUUCUGAGAAGUGGGUGGGAAUUGUUCUGGCAGUUGUCCUGCCGUCACCACCCCUUUCCCACUCCAUGGUUGAAAACAAGGCUGAGAGGGAUUUGGCCACUGUGCUACGGAGGUGAUCUGGCUCCCUUUUUCUGCAUUGGCGUUGGGGUGGGUAACUUUCAGCAGGGAAGGGCAAGCACCCAGAAUGUUGGGCUUGGCUUCCAAAGGCAUCACAAAACUGUGAUCGCCAAUGGCAAAGAGCAAGCUGCUUUUGGCCUCUGUUGUCUUCUGCUGCUGACAUGUUCUUUUUAGUUUUCUGUGAGAUCGUUGAACUGAAGGAAAAGUACUGAACUGCAUAGUCUGCAGGAAAUGGCAGCAUGCUUUCCCUCCUCCCUUUUGCACCGUGUGCUUCUCCCAGCACGUGUCAAGAGUGGCAACUUCCAUAUGAUUGCUGAAACAAGGCCCUUUGUGGGAAAUUGCCCAAAUUGCCUGUGCUGCUUCCUGAGCCUCACCUGCUGUUAUGAGCAUUCCUGUUGCUAGCAGUCAUUCUGACAAGCAUCUCUCCCUGUGUAAAUCAUGCUGGGCUAAUCCAGCCUUGGUUGGAAUACAGUGUGCUAGCAUGGAAUACCUGGUGAAAGAUAUGAUGGCGUAAAAGGCUGCUGAAUAGAUUUGCCUUCGCUCGGCAUGAACUAGCAAGAGAUUGCCUUGGCUGCAAAAAAUAAAAUAAGUGUGAACCUUCUUUGACUCCCUCCCACCUUGGUCAGUUCUGGAAAUGGAAAUUGCAGUGCUUUCAUAUCACUGAAGCAGUUGUUGAAGAAAUAACACAGGGAAAAAUAAAAUCUUCCAGGAUGCAGCUCUAUGUACACUUACAUGUGCAUAGAUCACUCUGAAUAGAGGGGUAAUUCUGAGUCAGCAUGCGUAGGUUUGUUGGUUUAUGACCCUAUUUGUUGCCGCUGCGUUUUAGCAAAAGCGACAACUCAGUGUCAGCUGAGUUGCUGGGGUUUCAUUUGGGUCCAAAUUAGAUAUGAAGGUGGCAGAUCUGUGUUUUAAAAUACUGUCUUUUACAAUCAUGUAGAACAGUGGUUCCCCAACCCCCAACCCCCCAUAGACCGCUUGAAAAUUGCUUAUGUUCUUGCUGGACCACUUAAUUGUUUCUCUGCCUGUUGUAGCAGUUGUAAUGGGCCGUGUUAGAUGCUGUAUGAUUUCCACACAAUUAAAAUCUUAAUAUAAUAUAAGAAGAAAUAAGAACACAAGUAAAAAUCAAACUGAAUGUUUUGUGCAAUGGAUGUGCCACCUCCCACCUUCAGCUGCACAUUCACAGGCAGACUGAGGGCCACCUGAGUGAAGCUUGCAGACCGCUGGUGGUUUGUGGACUGUGGUUUGGUAACCUCUGGUGUAGAAGGCAGGAGGAAUCUGAUUUGAGCAAGACGAGCAUGUGCUGAAACCCUCCUAUACCUGUGAGUAUUUUAUUAUUAGUUCGCUGCAUUUUUAUCCAACCCCUUUAUCUUAGGAGGUCAAAUAGAAAACCACGCUCCUGUACUCCCUCCUACAACUUGGCAUGCUAAGAACAACACUAUGUUUAUGAGAAGUUAGAGAAUACAGUCUUGUUUUGCAUAUCAAAUAAAGCUGUGGCCUGUUGGGAACUUUUCUUUGGUGUUUUCAGUUAAGAUAGAAGGAAUAGCUUUGUUCAUCUUAAUAUGGGGAAUGUUGACCCAGAAGACCUUUUUAGGGCUGGGAAUUUCCUGCAGAUGAAAAUGUUAGGCUAAUGCCAUUAUGAAUCAACUUGUUUAGCAGAUAAAUCUGUCAUUGGACAAAAUUACAUGCUCUUUUCCUUAAAAGUUCAUGGAGCAAUAACCUAGUUUUACACACACACACACACACACACACACACACACACACUUAUCUUUAUCCUCCACCCAGACAAGCAAGCAGUCUUAUUAGAGUUCAAGGACACAUUCCAGCAAGGCAGAACAUACAAGGAGGGUGCAGAGCAGGGCUGGCAAGAGAUGCGGCUUGGAAGAGUGUGCAGCCCGAAAAGAGUUCUGAAGGCUGGAUAGAGAGGUCUGUAGGGGCCAUAUUUGGUCCCUAGGCCCGAAGUUCCCCACCCCUGGCAUAUAUCCUAUUCUCGCAGUCACCUCAUAAGCGAGAGCCCUGACCUGGACUUUCUCAAAUCUCUACUACUAUUGCCAAAUAGAGCGCAUGACUUGUUACUCACCAAGCUGAGUGCGGCUCAGCAGCCAUGGAUGACAGGAGUCUUGAAAACUUCAUAAAGGAGGUGGAUGGGGGUGUUCUCUGUUCGCCUCGGUGGUUCACAAGUUGUGUAGGACUGUAGUGCCAUGAACUGCACUGGAAAAAGCAAUUUUCCUCUUUUUGACGAUUCCAAGAUUUGUAGUUUGAAAGGCACUGAGAAAUCUAUUAGUGUACAGUGGUACCUCUACGUACAAACGCUAUCUGUUUCGGGGUGCUGUUCGCAGCCCGAAAAGUCUGUAAGUAGAGCGCCGUUACUGUGCGUGCGUUAAGCGCGAUAGAGCGCUUCUGUGCGCGUGCGUGCGGUGAACCUGGAAGUAAACACUUCUGGGUUUGCCGCGUUCGUAACCUGAAAAGCCGCAACGUGAAGCAAACAUAACACGAGGUAUGACUGUAUACCUUUUAAAUAUAUCGGUUCAGACAUAAUGCCGAACUGUUUUCAUGUGGUCUUUGAUUUUCCCUUUUACUACUUCUUUUUAAAAAAUAAGUUUAUUUAUAAUUUUCGUUUAUAACAAACAUUUCAAUUUUUUUAAAACAAUUCUCACAUAUCAAACCUUGACUUCCUUCCCCCUCUUUCAGCGGUUCUGUGAAUUUAUCCUCUUUCUUCUUCUUCUGCAUAUCCCAAUUGACUCUAUUUAUUAUUUUCCUCAUCUAUUUUAUAUAUGUUUUAGAAACUGCGAGUUUUUACAAUAAUCCUGCUAAUGUCGUAAUGAUUUUCCCUUUCACUUCUGAUUUAGUCGUGAAACAUUGUUUGCCAUUCAGCUGCAACGGGAAACAACUGUUUGCUGCUAGAUCAUUAGCUGGAGAAAAAUCUGAUCUCAGGUGAGGGAGAACAUGGAAACAGAGCUUGUUUAGUGUGAUAUUGCAUCUUUGUGUUCUCUGUUCAUGGUAUUCCAGUCCAAAGGAUGGGAGGAGCAGGGCAUCUAAAGAUAAUACGGAUUCCAAGAAAUCAAAGCGAAACUUUUAGGAGCCAUUCCUGACCACAUCUAAACUUCAGAAUUCCUAGGCACCAUUACAACAUUGCUUGGAGCCCGUCCCCCUGCCUCAAAUGUUUGGCCCUCUUAUCUUCUCUUGCAAUCAUCCUUAGGUGGAAUCCUGUCAGAUUCAGGACCAACAAAAAAAGUAGUUCAAGGCACGUAUAGCUGAACUUUGGAAUUUGCUCGCACGAGAUCUAGUAGCUGCCACCAACCUGAAUGGCAUUAAAAGUGGAUUAGACAGAUUCACAGGGGGAUAGAGCUAUCAGUGGCUGCUUGCCAUAAUGGCUGUGUUGUAUCUCCAUUGCCAUUGGGAACAUGCUUCUAUAUACCAGUUGCAAAGAAUCAUAUGCAGGGACAGAACUGUAGCACUCAGGUCUUGCUUUGGGGUUUUCCUCAAACACCCGUUUGGCCACUGUGAGAACAGGAUGCUGAACUAGAUGGACAACCGGCCUGAUCCAGCAAAGAGUUGCGCAGGUAGAGCACACCUCGCUUCAUUUCUUUGGUCAGCAAACCUGCUGGUAAUGCAGUUAUAUGUGGAGAAUGUAUUCGUCAGGUUUUUACCUUCAGUUUAAACCAUGCUGUAACUGGCAUAGGACAGCAACAAGUAAAUAUUACUGAACAAGCACUUUCCGUUCUUGGCAUAUGGAUGUGCUUUUUAAAAAAAAUCGCCAGUGUGACAUUGAGCUUAAAGCCCCCACUUCUUACGAGAAGAAUUUCCAUUACCUAAUGGUUCUGUGCAAAAAAACCAAAAGAAGAGUAUGUGGGAACAAACUGUGUGUGUGUGCUGAAUAUCAAAGGAAUGAUAUUUGGCACAUUUGGGUGUGUGGGGAACAGGUUGAAUUAGUCAUGGCCUCCUCACUGGAGGAUGCUAUAAACCUGUAUCCUCGGGUUCAUCUUUAUUCACAUUGCAACCUGGGGAGUUGGAAGUAUGCUGUGCUACAUAAUCCAGCCGCUCUGCAGACAGACUCUCUCUAAAAAUACUUGAUCCCUUGUUUACUUGAUUCCCUGUUUUUAGAACUUCAAGCACUCUAAUUUUCUGGGAAAUCCCAAUAAAUAAUGCUAAUGCCAUCAAUUAUCUGGAAGUUAGCAUCCUUCUUAAAGGCUCAAACACAUUCUUUAAUCCCCAAGAUUGCAUUAUGCCUCUUUCCAAUCCAUCAAUUCGUGUACAGUAGCAGCUGAUUUCAUAGAUAAGCACAGAUGAGUUUAAUCUUUCAGAGGAUGGAUUUGCCUCACUUCCCCCAUCCCAUCCCUCCCCACCUACGCUCUGCAUAUGAUUGGGUCUACAUAGUUACUUAGAUGAUUUUCAUGCAUGGCAAAAAAAAUAUAUUAUUAUUUAAAAGGUCUUGGGUGAAACAGAACUGAUUUUAUGGACUUCUUAGUGCCCAUGCUGAAUAGCUUAUGGAGUUUACAGGUAUUUCUUUCCACCAUCUGAUGCACAGUCAUCAAGUCUGAGAAGGAUGCGAGGAAGCAGGCAGAGUAAUCGCUGCACAUGUUAAUUUUGAACAAAUGGUUUAGUCAUGCAUGUUGUGCCACAUAUUUCAUCACUGAAGAAUAAAACUCCAGUCUUUGUAAGUUGGAGGGAAGGAAAUGAUGUCAUGUUUUGUUUCUGGUGGCUGAUUCAGAAUGGCAGCACGUAAGUUCAUUGGUGAACGCUUCCAUUUCCAGGCCGGCUGUCAAAAGUAACAAGCACUGAAAUUGGGAUGGCAGCACAACUAUUAAAAAUGCUAACUUCUGGAAAGAUAAGCAAACUUUUGAGUGUUAAGUAAAGCAUAGUGCAUGGACAAUCUCUUUCUAUAAGGUUUGGAAUAGUAAAUUUUAGACUGAAGUUCUAAACCAGGCUUCCUCAACCUCGGCCCUCCAGAUGUUUCGAGACUACAAUUCCCAGCAUCCCUGACCACUGGUCCUGCUAGCUAGGGAUCAUGGGAGUUGUAGGCCAAAAACGUCUGGAGGGCCGAGGUUGAGGAAGCCUGUUCUAAACUCCUCCUCUUCCCACCCACCCCAUGUUGAGAUCCAGUGCUGAGGGCCUUCUGGCGGUUCCCUCACUGUGAGAAGUGAAGCUACAGGUAACCAGGCAGAGGGCCUUCUUGGUAGUGGCACCCACCCGGUGGAAUGCUUUCCCAACAGAUGUCAAGGAGAUGAAUAACUAGAUUAUCUUCAGGAGACAACUGAAGGCAGCCCUGUAUAGGGAAGCUUUUUAAUGUGUAAUGUUUUAUUAUGUUUUUAUAUAUGUUGGAAGCCACCCAGAUAAUAAUAAUAAUAAUAAUAUCAGCUCAACAAUUCACUAUUAACUCUGAGCACUACUUUGCACAUUACAUAGUGGCAAAUCCAGGUACAGACUAAGCAAGGAGCUGCUGUCAUUCAAGGCUGUGUGAUAUAAGAAGAUAAGGUGAGCCUGCUGGAUCAGACCAAUGGCCCGUCUGGUCCAGCAUCCUGUACUUACAGGGGCUGACCACUGCCUAUUGGAAGCUCACAAGCUGGCCAUGAGCACAACAGCACUCUGCCCACCUGCGAUCCCCAGCAGCAGGUAUUCAGAGGUGUAAUGGCUCUGCUAAUGGAAGUAGAACAUAGCCAUUGUGGUUCGUAGGUGUUUAUAGCCUUGUCUUCUUCCAUGAAUUUUAAAGCCACCCAAAGUUAGUGGCCAUGAUUGCAUCCUGUGGGAGUGAGUUCCAUAGUUUAACUUUGCACUGUUUGAAGAAGUACCUACUUUAUCUGUCUUGAAUUUUCAGCUACAUUGGAUGCCCCUGAGUUUUAGUGUUAGGAGAAAGGGAGAAAAACUUUUCUCUAUCCACUUGCUCCAUGCCAUGCAUGAUCUUAUAAACUCCUAUCACAUCACGUCUUGCUCUCCGAUUCUCUGAACAAGUGCAUCUCGGCGGUAAUGUCAGAGAGCCUGGUCGGUAAUGUCAGAGAGCCUGGUGAGAAAAGGGUGCCAGGUGAAAAUACUUCUUUCUGCAUGACUCCUGCAAGGGAUGAGCUGAGAAUUGAUCUGUCUGCUGUUUCCCUUUCCAGAGUUUUGAGAACCAAAUCUGUGGAAGAGAUCCCCCCCCUUUUGCUGAGUACAACAAAUUGAAAAUUUGUGAUUAUGUGGCAUCAGAAGAACUAAUGUUUUGUUGCUUAAGUAAAUAGUUUUGCAAGCUGUUGAUACUGGUUUGAGGUUUACUACCUAUAGUAUCAUGGGGUUACUAGCAUAUAAUAUCUAACAUAUUAAAAACAGUGUGAUAUAGUGGAUUGUCGCUUAGGGUUGGUCUGAAACUGCUAUCUAGCUCCCUGGGUAGCCUUGAGCCAGCCAUACCUCUCACCCCUAUGAACCCAAUGGACAGGAUAAAAUGGGAUAAGCCCCAUUCUAGGGGUAGGUGGGAGAGAGGGAGAUAAAGUUGAUGGAUAUUUAUGGUGCUUUGAAAAUUACCUAAAUGACCUUACUCAACUGUAGAAUGCACUCUUUACAAUGCAUAUUUGAACAUGUUUACUUAAGCUGAAAUUUGGGUUUGGAAGCAUAAAGUUCACAUUUUUUCUUUAUGCUGUGUGUUAGGGUUUUUCCUUUCAUCAUUGGGAAAUUUCAUGUGUGAUCAUUGAUGUGUAAAAGGCACUUAUGACGUCUGCCAGUCUGAGGCCCUUUUCAAAGGGAGAAAUAUGCAGUGUCCGUUAGGGUGUGCCGGAAUUUCUGAAGAGGGGCCACUAGACUUUAGAAGUUGAGGGGUUUUUUGUUGCUUUUCCAGGAUAAAUUUUAACUCUCUUGCUGCUGUGCUAGCAGGAGAAAUGUCUGCUGGAUAGUUCUUGCUUGUACAUGGUCUCUCAUCUAACACAUUUACUGGUUCUGGCAUCUCAUUCCUGGUUUCAGACUGGAAGGUGGCCAAGCCCAAUUGGCUCUUUGGAUAUGUUUUAAUUACAAGAGGACACACACACCCAUUUCAGUUUGUGCUUCCUUCUUAUUUUGCAUGUGUGCUGCAAGCUUCUUGCCAUGCCCACAACAAUAAUUAAUUUCACUUUUAACAGAAGCCUGUAAAACCCUUGUCUUCAAUUCCUCAUUUGAGAGAAUUAAAAUGGGGAGGUAGCAGCUGUGUAUACUCAUCACAAUAUUAAAACAAGUCAGCAGCAGCACCAGAGUAGUCUAUUACUUACGGUAUUUCUUUAUUACAACAAUACACUCACUUUUGCUUUGAGCAGUGGUAACCCUGCUAACCCUGGCCAUCAAGCUUCCCUCUCCUCCUUAGCCUCAGUGUUGCCCCUUGUAGAACUCAGAAAGGAAGAGGAUGGCGACCAAACUGGAAGAACUGCCUGUCAUGGGCUUUGGCUCUGGUUCCACCUACAGUUUGGGCUCCUUGCCUUCUGCCCUGCCAGUCCCAAUGGGUACCAUCCACCACUGGCUCCGAGAUAUUCAGACUGUAGUCCUCUUUGCAUGUGUACCUGGGAAUAGGCCCUAUUGAACUCAACCAGAAUUACUCCUAUAUAGGAUUGCCUUGCUGGAGGAGUCUCCCAUCCCGGUAAGCGUACAAAGCUCAAGUGGCUCAGCUUCCACACUUUGCCUUUUCUCUGCCCUUCUGAUAUUAUUGGACUACAACUCCCAGCGUCCCUGAACAUUUGCCAUAAACAUCUGGCAUGCUGCUGGAUGGGGCUCCAGGGCGCUACCUCUGCUCUAGGGUAUUUGUGUUGACCUAAGAAAGAAGAGAGGGAUGCAGGUGGCGCUGUGGGUUAAACCACAGCGCAUAGGACUUGCCGAUCAGAAGGUCGGCGGUUCAAAUCCCUGCGACGGAGUGAGCUCCCAUUGCUCGGUCCCAGCUCCUGCCAACCUAGCAGUUUGAAAGCGCGUCAAGUGCAAGUAGAUAAAUAGGUACCGCUCCGGCAGGAAGGUAAAUGGUGUUCCUGUGCGCUGCUCUGGUUUGCCAGAAGCGGCUUAGUCAUGCUGGCCACAUGACUCGGAAGCUGUACGCGGGUCCCUUGGCCAAUAAAGCGAGAUGAGCGCCGCAACCCCAGAGUCGGUCACGACUGGACCUAAUGGUCAGGGGUCCCUUUACCUUUAAGAAAGAAGAGGUUCCUCCCUGCCCCUCAGGAAGUGGGUCAAGAACUUUGGAAGUAGCUUCAUGUGAUUUCAAGGAUCACAUUCUCCAUGAAGGGUGUUGUGUUCAUUCCCCGCCCUGCCGUGGGGGAGCAUUUGAACAUGUAACUUCAGCCUCAAGCCAAACUACUGUGGUCCAGAAAAGUGUUGCUACUCAGUUCUGACAGUGUGAACUGACCAUGAUUCUAGACCUGUGGUUCUCAAAGGUUGUGGUAGGAGAGGAUGGCAAGAGUGGCAGGAAGAUUUCAGGACAAUCACAGAAACAUAGAAACAUUUCAGUGUAGUAUAGUAUCAAAAAAAUAGUUUUAUUUGUUGGCAGAUUAUGGAGAUACAUCUUUUCAAAACGAGAGCAAGAGCAUCAAGUGAUACGGAGGGCAAUCCUAGUUGUGCUUUCCAGUGUAUUUCUUGUCAAUGAGAAAUGGGACAUGGCGUGAGCAAAUUUUUAUUCUGAAAAUGUGUCGCAGAGAAAAAAACUUGAGAACCUCUAGACAGUCACUGGAAGAGUUAUUCCAGCAGGACUUAUAUUGCUUUGUGAAAAGCAAUAGCUUUUUUUCCACACUCUCCAGUUAUCAUGCUUGUGGAGUUAAUCUCUGUUCUGUUGCUUUUGCUCUCAGAAAACUUUCCCCUUUUAUUUGUUGUCCUUUUUGCCCCUGGAAAACUUGCUUUCGUCAGUAACAGGAAGACUGUUUUUCCUUCCUCAUUGCAGAGUUGAUAGCAAAACAUGAAGUAGUUUACUGGGGCAUGGUUCAGUAAGAUAGCCACUGGUCCUGUAUUUCCUCUUUUCAGCAAGUGAGUGCGGCAUAUUGGGUUUUAGAAUUCGGUUCCUCUAUUGAUUAUGACUGCUUAAUGUGCUUGAUUGAAGGAUUCCACACACACACACACACACAGAGAGACAAGGUAGCAUAUGUUGUGUGGUGUUGUGUUGUAGCCCAGCCUUUGCCAACCUGGUGCCUUCCAGAUGUCGAGACUACAACUCCCAUCAAUCCCAAUUAAAGCCCCCAAAACACAUGGGUUGGACUGACUGAUUUUAUCAGUCUCAUGGAACUAGCACCCUCCUGGUGUGGAUUCCUUUUGCACACUACAGCUCUGUCACAGGAACUGCUUUGAAGCAGAUUCUUUCGUAGUGCAUCUGCAAUUUUUCCAAGACCCACAACCACAGGCUGGUGGGGUGGGUACGUGACAGGAAAUUGGUAUCCUGCUGGAAUUGAAGUUGCUGAUUCUGUAGCUCACCCAUAUCACUGGCCUCAUGCUUAUAGUUGUGGGUCUUCAAAUGGUACAGCUGUCCCACAGGAAGAACCUGCACUAAAAAUGGACCCAUGGCAGAACUGAAAUAAGUGUAGGGCAAUCGAAGAUCUAUUCAUAUAUGUGACUGAUACACAUUUUUUUAAAUGGGAGGGUUGUCCUCUGUUUCAUUCUCUGUAUGGAUGUCUACCUUCCUCACCUCCAGCUUUAAAAAAACAUAACAAAGCAAAAACGAAUAAACAAAAAAUUGAUGAACUUAAUUCUAUUUCCUACAUUCUGAACAUUCAUUCAGUGUUUAGUACUGAAAUGCUGGAUAAAGAGUUGGAUAAAAAGGGAUUCCUUUUUCUUCAUUGGGAACUUAUGUAUAUUGAGAAUUCUAUGCUCAGUAAAUAGAAUUGCAAUCAUGAAUAUGCUAUCUUUGUUUAAAAUAUCUUAUUGGAUGGUGGGGUCUUGCAGUCAUUAGGUGCUUCGCCUGUCUGUCUUUCUCCUUGUUUCCUCUCAAAAACGACGACUGUCUAGUGGUGUUGUGGAGGGAAGAUAGCAAAGUGCAGCUCCAGUGGUUUUUUUUUUUUCCACAAUAGGAGUGAUAAUUUCAUCUGUGUUGGAGUAAUUUACAGACCACCCUGGCUCUGACAAAUGAAUAAUGUUGAGACUUUCUAGUUUGUUUGUGAUAGAUUAGCAUUCUGGAAGUUGGAGAAAGAAGAAAACAAUUAAGCAAGCUAUUUAUUUUCCCCACUUUCCUUUAGCAAGGUUAAUUGAUGGGCCUAGUACUUUAAAGGGCAACAUUUCUUUGCAGGACUGCUUACAUUUGUAAGUAAGCGAUAAGUACCCAGCUGUCAGAAGAUGCUUCAUUAAAGUUCAGUGAGUUUUCAGGUUGAACCUAUGCAACUCAAAAUAAGUAGUAUCAUUAAGUUCAGUGGAGCUUACUCUCAGGGAAAAUGCGUAGGAUUGCAGGCAUGCAUAAAGUGCUGCUAUGUCUGCAUGUGUAUAAUAAUAGAUCAACUUAGUUCCCUGCAUUUGAGAACUCUGCUUGGGGCAUGGCUGUUUUGGGGGUGUCUGGUUAUGGGGAGUGUCAAAAUUGAGCCCCUACUUCUCAUGAAUCCUCAGUUUCUGUCCUCUUCUCCUUCACUUUAUCCAUUAUUCCCUCUUCUUGUCCACAACUUUUACAGUCAUAUAAUUCCAAGUUCUUUAUUUUAAAGCUCAGCAUCUUAGAAGCAAGAAUUAGUUAUGCACCGUAAAUAAUAUACAUAUAGAGCUACUUGUAUAUGUCAUUAAGGGUACAUUACUACAGUGGUACCUCAGGUUAAGUACUUAAUUCGUUCCGGAGGUCCGUACUUAACCUGAAACUGUUCUUAACCUGAAGCACCACUUUAGCUAAUCGAGCCUCCUGCUGCUGCCGCGCCGCCAGAGCCCGGUUUCUGUUCUUACCCUGAAGCAAAGUUCUUAACCAGAAGCACUAUUUCUGGCUUAGUGGAGUGUGUAACCUGAAGCAUAUGUAACUUGAAGCGUAUGUAACCCGAGGUACCACUGUAUUUGAAAUCUCUUGGCACUGAAUUAGGAUAUAUUUUUAAUGUUUUCAGGAGGCUCCCUGGUGUAUCUUUUGGAGUUGCACUGGCAAUCUUUAGAAUACAGGCAUUCUGACGAUAAUUAUUUUUAAAUACUUUGGCAUGAAAUUUGAAGGGGCAUGUUCCUCAGAACCGGUUGGCUGAUGAUUCAUAACGCCCCUUGAGUUCUUACUUCAGUUGGGUAGAUGUUGACUUUAAAGGCAUGUCCUAUACUAGAAAAAAUGACCCUGUUUUUGUUUCUGGAUUUAAUGAGGAUAUCAACUGUGUUAUAACUGUGUUCCAGUCGCUGACAAAAUUAUGCAUCUGAAGUGAGUGCGUGGGAGUCAUUCAAAGUGCUGCUCACGGGCACUUGCAGAAAAUGAAUAGUUACAGGGAUUUUUAAAAAGUAGUCCCUGGUGCCCAUGUGUGGGAGCUUGCAAGGACUACAGGAUUGGUUGGGGGAGGUAUGACUGUAGCAGAGUUAAGAGGGGAAAUGAAAAGUUUUGUUGAAGAGCAAGUAAAGAUGCAACAGUUGAAGAAUGGCAGCGAAGAGGAGGGAGGGCAGCAGUGAGUUGUGUGGGUUCAAUUUUUGACCACUGAAAAGUUUUUUCGGACUCUGCUCUUCAGCUUGGGGACUUCUAUCUAUUACAGUGGGGAAGGGACCUUAAAGUGCAGUUGAAACAAAGUGGUUGUGAUGUGGAACUAAAAGCAAAGUGCUUGUUGUAGCCGCAGAACUAGAUAGCCUUCAUGGCAGAAAUCCCACGAUGUUUCCUACAACUGGUCACAUGAAAUUUGUCAUGGGUCUGCUUUUAUUGAUGGAUGAAGAGCAGCUGGCUUCCAAGGACUAUCAAAUGCCAUAAAUGUGCCAGUAUGCAUAGUACUAAUUUGUCCCUUGUUCAGAGCGCAUGCUGUUGGAUAGGGAUGAAAGCUUCCCUCUCCGCCACCGCCAAAGGAAUUAUUUUCCAGUUGGUGUUUUGUAAUUAUCAAAAGCAUUGUGUUCAGAAUAUGUGCACUAUACAAAUCACAAAAUAGAUGAAAAAAAUAUGUCAGAAUGUUAGAACAGCUGUGCGGUUUCUGCAUAAGGGAUUUCCUUGUCUCUCUGACUUGGGGGUAGUGAGGGAUGCCUCAGAGAGCGGAGUCUAAAAAGAAAAGCGGGAUUUUCUUAUCUUCGUAACAUGGCUAAUUUAUAUUCAUAUCAAUAUAUAAACAGUUAUGCAGGUGGAUAGCUGGCAGGGGUAUGUGAGCUAUCCUCUCUCUUGCAGUGUAUAACAUAUACGGCUACCUGCCCACUUGAACAUAAGUUGCAGCAUGUGCUGGGUGCAAUGAGCUCCUGGCUUCUCCAGUUGCAAGUUUAUUCCAUUGAGGUCAAGGUUGCUGACCUGGAGAAGCUUAGAGGCUUGCAGAUGGGGCUUUUAGGGAUGUGAUGGCAGCACCCCACCCCCCAAACUGGCAGCUCCUGUUCUGUCAUCAUGGAUGAUGAGGGUCUUAGGGAAGGAGGAUGUCAGUGGGGGGAAGAGAAAGUGAAGAGAGGGGUUUUGGACCUCUCGAGCAUUGUGGACCAAAAGAGAGAGCAAAAAUGGUACCCGUCUCCUUAUGCUUAAUAUCAAAACAAGUGGUAGAGCAGCUUUUAAACUCACCCCUGAGGGAAAGAACCAGUAGGAUAUGGUUACAAACUUCACUGGGACACCAGGGAUGAGUGUACGGGUGUUUCUCCAUAUGUCAAAGAGGGCAUGGAGACAAAUGAGCUAGCAAUCCCAAGGGGUUAGACUUCACAGGUUGGCUAUAGGUGGUAAAACUUGAUCUCAGUAGUAAUUGGGUAUGGAGGACCAACAUUUUCAGGGUGAUAUUGAAGAAGAGUAUUGAAUCAAAUGGGCGUUCAAAGGAGAAAGUGUUGUUGUUAAUGGGUGACAACAAUUCCCCCCAUGCAGAUUGUCAAAGUGUGUUCUAGUGAUGACAAAGAGGUAAAAUGCAGACACCCUAAGUGACUGUUGUAGAACAGUUGGACAUGGAGUCAGCUAGAGAGGCAGCCCCAGACUUAAUGCUAAGUGGUGGCUGGAUGUUGUGAAUGCAGUUGGAAACAGUGGCUAGAGUGCAGUUGCAUUCAACAUAUACGUAAGUGGACAAUCACCAAGAAAGUCCUUGCAAUCACAGUUGACUUCAGAAGAGGAAAAUUUCCCCCAAAUGAGGGGAUUGGUUAAAAGGAAGUUAAAAGAGAAUUUGAAGCGGGUCACAUCUCUCUGGAAUCCUGAUGGGUUGAAAAAAAUCACAAUUAAUAGAAGCUAAGCUAGAAUGUAUUCCACAUGUCAAGAAAGGUGCCACUAAGGCCAAGAGGAUGGCAGUAUGGUUAAUGAACAGACUUCCUUCAAGAAUUGAGAAGUCUUUGCCCAAAUGAGAAGAAUGAAAAGGAACACAAACUUUAACAAAAGAAACGUAAGCAGGCAGUAUGGUAUAAAAAGAGGAGCAUAUCACUAAAGACAAAAAGACCAACAAUAAAAAGGAGCGUUAAAUACAUUAGAAGCAGGAAACUGGUUAUUGAACAAUAAUCAAUAAAGCUUUAAGGUUUGCUGAGGAGGGGAAAAAAGAUUGCAGAGAAGCUGAAUGAAUUUUUUGCCUGAACUACCUUUCACAGGAGGGAGUCUGAAGAACUGAGGGAAAAAGUGGAGAUGAGAGGAGGGGGGAAAAAAGAACACAUCAUGCUUAGUGACCUUUUGACAAAAAUAUGUCCCUAAGUUCAGCCUCUGCUCCAGAGAACUAUAAUCAACCCAAUGGAACACUAAUUUUGAUAAGAGAUCUAGGCUAUUACAGGCCAAUUAGCUUAAUAUAUAUUCUGGAUAAAUAAAAAUUAUAGAUUGGUGACUAGCUGAAGAACAGGAAGCAGAAAGCAGGGAUAAGUGGACAGCUGUCACAAUGCAUCAUGCCUCUAAAUGCUAGUUUCUGCAUAACAAGAGCAAGAGAGGGCAGUUGCAGUCAUGUUCUGCCUUGGUACUUCCUAUCAGAAUCUUUUUGGCCACUGGGAUUUAGGAUGCUGGAACCAAUAGACCUUUUGCCUUAUCCAGCAUGUCUUCAGUAAUGAGAGGUUUUUGAAGCUAUUGGGCAACACAGAUUAAUGCAAUGUAUAUAUUUUAAAAAUCAUUGCAGCAUACGAUGAGAUGCACGCACCUUCCAAGUCUUCACCGCCUUGGAGAAACUGCACAACAUUGUAGUGGAAAGUGAGCAGUAAAAUCAAGGUUGAAAAAGGAAGACCGGUGAUGAUUCAAGAGAUCUCAUGGGUUAGAACUAAAAAGCUUUGUGACAAAAAUAGAAGAACAAUAAACAUUUCCUGAAAUGAUACAUAUCGACCACAUGCGGAAGUGCUAAACUCUUGCUGACAUUUUAUUGUGUGACUUUUCUGUGGGGUGUCUGCAUGUUGUGGCACACACUUGUGUAGUACAUUGGGCUAUAUGCCGAUCCUUGAAUAUCAGGAAGAGAAAUUAUUGGUUAAAUUAUUUCCUGGUGUAUGUUGUAGUAUGUACUUGAAAUGAUAAAUGUGGUUAGUACUAGUUACCUGAUCUAUACAGCGCUGCAGUUGCUUGCCAUCCAUCUCUGUCCUGUGCCAAAGAACUCAUCAGUCAUACUUCCUACUUAAAUCUGGAAGGGGGAGCAGAUGUUGUUGGACAUCAGCCCCAGCCAGCAUGGUCAGUGGUCUGGGAAUAUGAGAGCUAUAGCACAGCAACAUCUGGAGCACCAUAAAUUCCUCAAUCCUGAAUUAGAGGAAUGAAACAUGGACAGUAAAAAGGUAAAGGUAAAGGACCCCUGACAACUGAGUCCAGUCGCAAAUGACUCUGGGGUUGCGGCGCUCAUCUCGCUUUACAGGCCGAUGAAGCCAACGUUUGUCCGCAGACAGUUUUUCUGGGUCAUGUGGCCAGCAUGACUAAGCCACUUCUGGCGAACCCAGAGCAGAGCACGGAAACACCGUUUACCUUCCCGCCGGAGUGGUACCUAUUUAUCUACUUGCACUUUGGCAUGCUUUCGAAGCAGGGACUGAACAAUGGGAGCUCACCCCAUCGCGGGGAUUCGAACCGCCGACCUUCUGAUGGGCAAGCCCAAGGCUCAGUGGUUUACACCACAGCACCACCCGUGUCCCCAACAUGGACAGUCGCUUUGGUAAAUUCCAAAAUCAGCACUGCCACGUUGUCGCCAUCUCCAUUUCCUGAUAGGUUCUGUGCAAGUGGUCCAUGUCUGAAGGCCCUCGGCGGAUCAGUACCAUCAGCGAGGUCUGUUUUGCUAAUUCAGGUUGCAGUUUUCUCUUUACAGAAUUACAAGUCAUGGUAUUGCAUUGUUAGGGCUCUAUUGCUGCCAGAACGUUUGUAUUCCUCUGCUAAUGCGGUAGCAUUCUAUCCCUGGGUGUCGCCAGUAAAUGGACUACAUUUCAUGUUUGCUGUAGAAACAAUGAAGAGACUUCACAGCACAGGAAAGACUGACAAAUUUAUAAUGGUGAAAUUUUCAUGGAAUAGAGUCUGCUUCAUUAGGUGCUUUGUUGUAGGUUAUCUUUUGCAGGUAACUAGGGAGGAAAAGGUGAAAAGCGUGUGCAAUUCUGCCAUCUUUUUGUCUUAAUUUCUCCAACAGCGCUUAUCAGUAGCUCACAGAUUUGUUUAGAAUUUGGCACUUGUUGUCUCACCCAAACUAGCCUUCAUUCUGCACUGUGGCUCAUGUAGAACAGUAAUUUGAAUUUAAGAUAGUGCUGGUGAUUCAUUUACAGGACUAUAUCAUAUUAGUUUAUAUAAUAGGAUUAGUUCACAUAGAAGGACUGUAUUAGUUUAUAGGACUAUAUCAUAGUUCUAUUAUGGGUUACAUUAUGCCACUUCAUAACAGAGAUAAUUGGCAAUUCAUACAGUGAAUGUGUGUGUGCUGUGUAUUCCAAAGUUCUUAAGUAAAAUUUUAGGCAAUCUUAAGGUUUAUUUUUUAGGAAAUCAUUAAUACUUUUUUGGGAGGCAUGUAGGAGGAGGAAGGUAUACAAUGUAAUUAUAACUAAAGCACAAUUAUAUGCUUACAGUGUUAAGAUAAUUAUAACAUGGGCUGACACCACAGAGCUGCUAUAGUUGUUAAUGGGCUUGGGAACAUGUAAUGCUUAAUCAUGGUUAAACAACUGGAAGCAAUCCUUGGGGGUGUACUGUAUGGUAUCCUCUGAGUGCAAAUUCUCUCCUGCUAGCCUUAACAACAGUUAAAUGUGUUAUUGAUAUUCUUUAGCAGAGUUUGUAACCAACUUGAAACCCUGAUUGGUUUGAAAUCCUGGUUCUUUGCUGCUCCUGCAGUCCUAUAGCUGUGGUUUAGGCAAGCAGGGAAAGGGGCUGGGAUUUGAGCUGCAGAAGGGAGGAGCCAUGGGGAAGGAGCUCCUGAUCCCAUAUCCCAUUCCACAAUUGCUUAGCCAUGAUUAAGUGUUUGGGAAUGUUUGUGAGCUUCAGUCCAUUUGUUGCCCUUAUCUUGGUUACAGAAAAAGUCAGAUGUCUCUGGCGUCUUUUUGUACGUGGCCUUUAGUUUCUGUCCUCUUUCUCUAUCCCCUACCUCGGUGCCAUCAAUAAUGUCAUUUUGACAUAUUGUCAAAAUGUCAUAAGACUCUUUCAUCUUCAACUAGAAUCACGUGCAGAAACCUUCUCCUUCUCCUUGUCUCUCUAUUGGUGCUGAUCAGUAGGUCUUUUGCAUAGGCUUUUUAAAGGUGCCACACUGAUGGAGGAAUAAGCUGCCUCCAGUGAUACAACUUUCACAGAGAAAACAAUUUCCCAUUUUAUGUUUUGGCUUACUGAACUUGGCAGCAAGGGGAUUCUUCUCUUAUUACCAUAUUUAUUGAUUUCUGCAAUGUGCGGGUUUCAUUCCAGACCUUUACAUAAUUAGAAGCUGCAGGCCUGUGGGGAUUUCUGCUCAUGAGAGCCAUGUUUAGACUGAGAUACUGCCUGAGCAGAAACCACCGGCCGCUAUAAAUCAGCAUGAAUGCCUCUUUUUUAAAAACAAGAGUAGAUUUUUUUAUUAUUGUAAUGCAGGACUCAUUCAACAGCUUUAGCAGACCUUGUUGUGUAUGUUUGCAUAGUGUUUAUUUUGAAUGUACUGAUAUCCUCAUUCAGAAUUUGGUCUACUUUGACUCUUGGUCAUCCAAAUAGUCUUAAUGUCAAAAUAGGGGGUUUGCAAAGUAUGAAAAACAGUUACACAAUGGAGAGGAAAUCUUCUCUUUCAGGUAGCCUGGUCUAGAGUUACUUAAGUAACAGGACCUUAAAACUGACUUGGUGGCUAAUGGACAAGCCAGUGCAGAUCCUUCAGCACUGGCCUGAUAUGUGCUUGGUACCAGCUGUAGCUUCCAGACCAAACAUAGAGGAAGCCCUACAUAAAGCACACUACAGCAGUCUAAAAGUGAGGUUACCAGUGCUUGAGUCACGGUGGCCAAGCUAUCCUUGCCCAGGAAAAGGGCACAGUCAAUGCACCAACCAAAACUGUUAAUAUUAUUGUUAUUAUUAUUUUGUAUUAAACAUAUGUACUGCCUACUUGUCAAAGUGGCUUCUGAACGGUUGACAAGUGUAAAACUGGUUUUUAAAAAAACAUGAUUAAAUGUGCAAUAAAGACAACAAACACCCACAAUCAAAAUGUACAAUGAAACAAACCCAUUAAAAGAGCACACUCAUUAAAACAGUUGAAUCAGUGACUAAAACAAGACAAGAGGUUCAGGUCAGGAGAUCAGGGGAAUGCUUGUCAGAACAGAUAUCUCUUCAAGAGCUGGUAGAUAGCCACACUUUUCCCUGGAGACCACCUGGGUCUCUGUGGGGCCAGUUGCAAAUACUUCCACUCCAGUGGAAUUUUGAGGACGCUGUCAUCUGGGACCUGCAUGUCCAUGUUUCAAGGUGCUGAAAGGCAAAAGUAAUGCAAGAUAUGUUUUCCAGAGGGCUAGGUGCAUUAGUCUUUAGCAGCAUUUCACUCUUAUGACACUGUAUUUUUCAACAAACAAACUUUAAAGGCUUCUGAAAUUUCCAAAUUAGAAUCCAACUCUUGGACAAAUUCUAUCAGUCUCAACAUGAAUAGAAACAAGGGUUUCUGGUCCCACCCCAGGUGUUCAUUAACACAGCAGGUGGGGAAUAAUUGCCUUAUCACCAAUUACUCCUGAAAGGUCACUGUUCUUAUUAACCUUUAAUUGAUAUGUAUUUGAAAAGCUGAGAAUGACAGCGGAUGGAGUGGACUCUAGUCUACAAAAGUUUAUUUGUCUUUAAGGUGCUACAAGUUUUGCCUUGGUUGCCACUGGAGCAAAAGAGGCCGUGAUCCUUGAUUCAGACAUAACACUGAGCCAGAGAUUGUGGUUUGUUUCUCCCAGGCAUGAGUAGGAAGAAACAAAACCAGCCCAUUAACUUCAUAAUAACAUGCUCGUGUUUUGAUCCCAGGAAAAAGAUGUUACGGUUCUGAUCUGCUGAUUUCCCAGAUCAUGGCAGUUGCAACUUAGGGCAGAUCCUGCUUUUGUUCCAUAGUUUUAAGAAUUUCUUCUAAGGUUUUGGGGGGAAAGCUGCUUUGUUUCCCUCUGAUCAGAUGCUUUGCUGAGAAUAAGCUCCCUGUAGCUUCCUACAUGAUGACCAUAUAAUAGUAGUUCUAUAAUGUGUAACUACAGUGGUACCUCAGGUUAAGUACUUAAUUUGUUCCGGAGGUCCGUUCUUAACCUGAAACUGUUCUUAACCUGAAGCACCACUUUAGCUAAUGGGGCCUCCUGCUGCUGCCGUGCCGCCGGAGCAAGAUUUCUGUUCUUAUCCUGAAGCAAAGUUCUUAACCUGAAGCAUUAUUUCUGGGUUAGCAAAGUCUGUAACCUGAAGCGUAUGUAACCUGAAGCGUAUGUAACCCGAGGUACCACUGUAUUACAAGUGUGUAUAAAAUAACAGAAUUUCUGAGUAGUCAACCUUGAAUGCUUUAAUUAAGAUCUAAGAGGUUGUUUGCAGGGCUUCUCAAGGUCCUUCCCUGACUGAAGUGCUUUGCACUCAUUCUCUUCCCUUUCCCCACCCCAUUCUCUGUAUGCCUGAAGGUUCGUGUUCAUGGAAUCAUAGUAUUUAAAGCUGUUCAGUUGCUGCCGUCUCCCUGACAAUUAUUUCCAAGUCCUCCCUUGAACCUUGUUGAUUAAAGAGCUUUUCUGAACAUUUCCCUUGCAAUCAUUAGUUGGUAAGUUAGCAAUAGUAUCAUCACUGUUGCUCUUCCACAAGAUAAAAUUAAUUUGAAGCAAUAUGAGACAUAAAGGGAGAUACGGCUUGCCACUGUCAUUGCAGUAACCUUAGUCAUUGCUAGGUAUGUUUUCAUUUAUUUCUAGACUCUUAUAUACUGGCUUUCUUUUUUAAAUGGAAAGUUAAAGGCAAUUCAGAACCAUUGCAAGAAGUACAACUGAAAAAUCUUCAGCAAGUGGGAAAAUGUUCCACAGAGUGUGGCGUCAGCAGUGUGUUAAAAGUGCAUGUAAAAAACCACAAGGCCAAGCAAACCAUUCUUCCAGCAUGUCCUGGGCAGGGUGGGGGUGCUCCUUUUCAGUUUUUCUCCAAGAGACCUUCCUUGCUACUACCCAAAAUCCACACCACCCAAAUGCCUUCAUUCUUGAAGGUCUCUCUAGUUGUCCUUUCCCUUCUAUUUAGGUCAUGGGUAGGCAAACUAAGUCCCGGGGGCCGGAUGUGGCCCAAUCGCCUUCUAAAUCCGGCCCGCGGACGAUCCGGGAAUCAGCGUGUUUUUACAUGAGUAGAAUGUGUCCUUUUAUUUAAAAUGCAUCUCUGGGUUAUUUGUGGGGCAUAGGAAUUCAUUCAUUUCCCCUGAAAAAUAUAGUCCGACCCACCCCAAGGUCUGAGGGACAGUGGACUGGCCCCCUGCUGAAAAAGUUUGCUGACCCCUGAUUUAGGUGUACACUUUUGGCCAUAGUAGAGGCAUAGGCUAAUGCUGCACAUCUGUGCGCAUAGUAGAAACAUUAGACUAAUGCUGCAUAUCUAUGCACACAUCCAUGUGCAUACAUGCAUGCAGUCACACAAACUGCUUUAUGGGUAGCAAGCACAGUGCAAUCCCAUGGCACAGAGAGAGAGAGAGAGAGAGAGAGAGAGAGAGAGAGAGAAAGAAAGAGAGAAGGAGGAAGUGAAGGUAACCUUGUUUUGAACUGUGCAGUGUGAGACCCUUGGUGGCAAUUAUCCUGGGCACUUGUUGUCCUUGAACAUAGGUGGCUGCAGUCUCCGGUCUAGACUCAGGAGGUCUCUGGCAUCUUGGUUCUGGAGUUCUCAGACAUCUUGGGCUUGGGGGACUUGGGUUCAGCAAGUCCCGUUGAGUCUGUGCUCAGGUCCAGAGUCAUGACAAAUGGGAGCAGAAUUGGUCAUGCUUCUGUUUACUGGAGUGAAAUAUAUUCUGCUUAUUAUUUGUCACCUGAAUCUUACUGGCUGCAAAAUCACAGUCUGCAGAUGGCCAUUCUGUUAUAAUCCAUCGUUUCUUUUCAAUAAUAUCUCCAAAUGGAUUAGGUUGAAGAAUGAGCUGGGCAGUAAGUCAUAUACAGUGUAACACACUUUUUGGAAAUGAGGUCUGUGUAUUGUGUUACACCAAACCCAAUACCUGCUGCUUUUGUAAUCUGUUUGGCUUUGGUGUGAUGCUGGGACAUAGAUGUGAUACAUUGCAGAUUUAUUUUCCCCCCUGCAAGUAAAGAUGUAUGAGUUUCUUACAGUUGCACACAUCAUCAUAGGCAGCUGAUGAUCUUAUGACUGCCUAUUUGUUCUUGGGCACGAUUGAACUUUUGGCUAUUUUAGAUCAUCAGACUUUUUUUUGGGGGGGGGGAUAAUUGUUUAUCACACCCUGCAGUUUCUACAUUUUUUGACAUUUACUGCCAUAUUUUUGAACAUGAUACUCAGUGGUCCUGAAUGGGGUAACUGUGCCUCUGAAGGACCAGGUGUGCAGCCUGGGAGUCAUUUUGGACUCACAGGUGUCCAUGGAGGCGCAGGUCAAUUCUGUUUCCAGGGCAGCUGUCUACCAGCUCCAUCUGGUAUGCAGACUGAGACCCUACCUGCCCGUGGACUGUCCUGCCAGAGUGGUGCAUGCUCUUGUUAUCUCCCGCUUGGACUACAGUGGUAACUCUGGUUACAGACACUUCAGGUUACAGACUCCGCUAACCCAGAAAUAGUACCUCGGGUUAAGAACUUUGCUUCAGGAUGAGAACAGAAAUCGUUUAUAAAUACAUAAUAUGAUCAGUUGAUGUAGCACAGUAGCUAAGAGAUUGAGCCUACAACUCAGAAGUCGCUGGUUCAAAUUUUGUCUCUGCCUCUGCCAUCAACUCACACUUUCUGUAAGCUUCAGUCCCUCCUCUCUGUAAUUUGGGGGGUCAUAAUUCUGACUUCCUUACAGUGUUAUUGUUAGGAUUAAAACUAAACCAGAGGUAGCCAUCAUUGUGCUCUCCAUAUGAUUAGGAACUCCCAUCAUUCCCAUCUGGCAGGGCCAGUGGUCAAAGAUGAUGGAAGCUAUAGUCCAAACAUCUGGCUGACACCUUAUUGGAUACCCCUAAACAUGAUAAUGCAUGUGCUAUGAAAGCGCUGUGCAAAUGCUAGGUGAACUAGUCUUUGGGCUUUUUCGGUAGUCUUCUGUGUUUUAUGCCGAUAACCUUGUAAACUGCCUGCAGAGUUUGAGAGAGCUAAAUCUCUGCUCUUAUCUCUUGAUUUCUCCGCAUUCCAGCUUUCAAUAUCCUCUUUUGGCCUUGCACGUAGACUGUUGCUUUAGUUUUCAAAUAUUGUGAUCAACUUGUUCUUCUUUUGCAUUGUGCCACAAAAUAUGUGGGUGUAUGUCUACAGAGGAAGAGAGAUCGGCUUUUGUGAUAUUAUUAGCUCGCGAUUCUGUGGAGUGGCCUUAAGAUUAUUGUUGUUUUUGGUCCUCACUAGUUUGUUAAAGAAUGUCUGAAGUCUCAUGAAUUUGUGACAGUUGGUGAGUGGUGUUUGACGUAAGAAAGCCAAUUGAGUGGGACAGCUUAGGGACAUCAGUGGCAUUUGUGAUUUGAUGUAAGUGAUGUGUUAUUUCUUUUUUAAAAAUAAUCCUUUGAGAGAGGGCUCUUUUAUCUCUUUAAGUAUAGCCAAAGGUGGUAGUGGUGGCUCUGACGCUAAGGAUAAACAGAAUUUAUGGCUUCAUGGUGUCAGUCCAUAUUUUUGGCUGCUUGAUGAGUCCAUCCAGUGGUAGCUUGAUUCUUGUGGGGAAAGAAGUCACGAGUAGUUAAAGAAGUCACGAAGAGGAACAAUUCAUAGGAUUAAAUUACAGUGAUAUUAAACAUCAAUAUAAAUAGAAAUUAUACUGCGUAAAAAAAAAUGGCUUCAGUGCAUGAGAACCUCCCAAAAUCUGAAGCAUUCGGAAAUGCGGGGAGUGGGGUGGAGGUGGGAGUGAGGCCAAAAUUUGACAACCUCCCCCCCCAACCGUUCCACUGCCUUAUCAAAGCUGGCCAGGUGAGAUGCCCGGCUUUGGGGGGAGGAGGUGCAAGGCUUUGGCAAGGUCCUAGAGCGUUCCCACCUCCUUCCCAAAGCGGGGAAAGCAUUAGGACCUUACCAGAGCCCCCACACCUCCUUCCCAAAGUUCAGCACCUCACUUACCUGGCUGUGGGGGGCUUCAAAUGUUGCAGAGGGCUACAUGUGGCCCAUGGGCUGCAUGUUAGGCCCCCAUGAUCUAGGGGCUUGCUGUGGUCACAGCCAAACCAUGCCCAGGUAAUUUGGUUUAUUUUCCCACUUGAGCUACCUGAAGCGGUGCACAGAAAAAAAUAUUGACAGUGAACAUUCAGGAAACUUACCAAAACAAUGUAUUUUCUUUUCAUGGUGGAAGAGGUCUGUUGUUGUUGUUGUUGUUCCUAAGUAAUGUUAUGUUGACUUGUGAAUUGCAAGGUUUAGCAGAAACCUUGUCUUAGCAGAGCAGAGGCAUUUCUCAAACAGCAAGGGAGUAUAUACUUUUUGUACUCCCGCAGACUUUAUGUGUGGUAUUCCAAAUACUACUGUGUUGCUGAAAGGCCCCUUGUGACGUUUGUUCUUUAGAACAGUAUUAGAACAUGUUUGUCUGCAACACAACAGCAAUAAAACCUUUCUAAAAAUAAGGCCCCUACUGACCCUGAUUUCUGGCUCGUAAAAUGAGAGCAGUAAGCUGAAUUGGUAGUAACUGCAUGACACCUGUAUUCCAGUUCCUGAGCCCCUGAAAGUGAUUAGGUGAUAUUUUCAAUAAUUUGAAGCUGCUUGGCUCGCAGGAGGAUAUAUUAGGGCAGUGCCACAGAAUUAAAUGAAGAAGAUUAGAAGCCGGCUUUCAUUCACAGUCAUGCCACACAUGUUCUUUUAUUCUCAACAGCCUUUCAUGGAAGGAAAAGGGAAGCAUUAUGACAGGCAGUGCUCAGCUUGGUUCCGGUAUUUGUUCACUUCGUAUUUGUUGAUGAUUACAGGAAGAACAGGGCUGGUGUUGGAUGCUAGGCGCUGGGCAGCUGCUGAGAACCAUACCCCAUCAGGAGGCCCAUUUUCCAACAUCUGAAGACUCUUGGCUUCCAUGCUUGUCCAUCUUCCCCCUCUAAGCAUGCGAGCAGAGGCAAGAGUGAGGAGAAUGAGCAGUGAUGCUCUGCAAGCAUUGUGUUCUUCCUCUUGGCAUUGUGUGGAAUGGGUCCAGAGGGAGACCUGAGCAAUAGUGAUAAUAGCAAGGGGGAAAUGGGUCUACUCAGCACAUCUUGCUGAAUGGUCCCUCAAAACUUUGAACUGGUACUGGGAAUAUCAUUCAGUGAUCUUCAUAGCAGUGACAGGCAGAGGGUAGAUUAGGAUCUUUUCUGUGAGACUUGGCAGUAGAUCAGCAAAGAUGGCAGUUGUUUGACAAUAUAUAUUUUUUAGCACUUACUGAAGACCUCCCUCUUCCCAAAAGCCUUUUAAGUACAGGUCUUUUUCAGUCUGUCUCUGUACAGUGGUACCUCAGGUUACAUACACUUCAGGUUACAUACGCUUCAGGUUACAGACUCCGCUAACCCAGAAAUAGUGCUUCAGGUUAAGAACUUUGCUUCAGGAUGAGAACAGAAAUUGUGCUCCAGCGGCACAGCGGCAGCAGGAGGCCCCUUUAGCUAAAGUGGUGCUUCAGGUUAAGAACAAUUUCAGGUUAAGUACGGACCUCCAGAACAAAUUAAGUACUUAACCUGAGGUACCACUGUAUUAGAAUUGUUUUUAAAAUGUUUCACUUCUUUUAUUGCUUGUAUGUUUGCUGCCUCUUUAGGGAGGAAGGACGGGAUAUGAAUUUAAUAAAUACUGUAAAUAAAAGACGGGAGUGGCUUUUUGAGUGACAGGACUGUGAGCUCAGUGUGGGUCCUAGAAACAAAAUCCUGGGCUUGGCAUGUGCUCAGAUGCAUUCUAGUCCUUAAUUCUAAGAGGCUGUUUCUCGUGGCUGCAGCUGAUGUAUCUCAGGGUUUGGGUAAAAGUCAAGGCAGAUCAGGAAGUCUGAAGUUUCCGACCCCUGCUUUAGUGAAGUAUGUAAUAGCAACAAACUCUAUUGUAUUUAGUCUUUGCAAAUUUCUUCUGCGGUGAAACUUAAAAACAACAGCCUGGUCCUUUGCUUUACCUUCCUUGUGUGACAAAUGGAACAGAUGAUGUUAUCAUAUCAAUUCUGUGAAGCUUAAUCUGAUUCCGGUCACACAUGCUGACUACAGUAAGUUAUUAUUUAUAUUUUGGAAACAGAAUCGCCUCUGAAAAUCUCCCCCAGAAUAUGAAAGGAGACCAUGCAGAAACGAAGGCAGUAGCUUUUAGCUGAAUUGGAAACAGGAUAAAUAAGGAGUACUGUCUGAUUGUAUGUAUUUCUCCUUCUGUCUUUCUCUUUCACCUACAAUAGUGCUGCUUCUCUAUACCAUAUUUUAUAUAGCAGCAGAAUUUGUGUUUUGCAGUGAUCUGUCAUUAUAGACCCCUUGUCUUUCAGUGUGGGCAAGAAUUACUAAUUCACCUUGGCCUGUGCUCCUAGUGCCUUCCUGGAAACCAACUGAAACAAACAAACAAAUCCCCAAAUGCAAAUCUAAGGCCUUGUUUUUCCAACACGUGGAAAGCAUCGCAAGUUGGUUGCAGAAGAGUGAGUGCUCUUCAGUAGUGCACUGAUAUUAAUAGAUAAAAAGGCUCAUUUUGUUCUAGGAAAUGAAAGCAGGCUCCGUUCUGAAAGAAGCUUUAUUAUUUAAGACUGGCAGGUGCACAAUCCAGCUUCCCUUGCUCAUGUUCAGUAGCACCUUCCCCAACACCAGCAUACCUGGGGAGAAAAAUAAUUGCAAUGCAUAUCUGGCAUGGAUAGCAAACUUCUCAGUGUAAGUGCAACAUAGAGACUGAAUGUGGCUCAGUCCAUCUUAACUUGCUUCUUUCUAUGUGAUCUGUGCUUGUGGCUGUGUAAGCUAAUCACACGACAGAGCAGACAUGCUGUUGGCCAUUUACCGCUGAGCUUUCAUGUUUCUCUAUGGAUUACGUGAGCUGUGUGCUGCCCUCCCGCAGUUAUGGUUGAGGGGAAUAGCAUGACAACAGGGUACCAGAUUUUUCUCCACCCUGCUAAAAUAGCCUGAACGUCAGUUUUUGUCUGUGUUUCUCUAAAGCUCAUGGCCCUCACUAGGACAGGCAAGAGGCUUUUGAGAAUCGGCAGCAAUUCUCUGGGCCAAAUAGACAGGAAGCUCCAUCUUAAAUAUUAACAUUGCCACAUCCUGUUUUGUUAAUCAACAGAUAGCAAGGAACAGUUUCCGAGGUGUGAGGGUCCAGGCAACAGGUUGUAGGAAUAAAAUGAGUCUUGUUGGAAUGCCGGCUGGGGGAGCACAGAAAGAUGAAACACCACAAAAUUGUAGAGUUGGAAGGAGGGAUCUCAAGGGCCAUCUAGUCCAACGCCUUCAAUGCAGGAAUCUCAGCUAAAGCAUCCAUCACAGAUGUCCAUCCAACCUCCUCCGAGGAAGGAGCUACACCUUCAUCAGCACAACAAAUGUGUGAGGUAUUGCACAUUACUUAUUUACUCAGAGAACAGUAACUCCCAAGUAAGUCUCAUGAAGAGUGGAGGCUCACUAUGAUGGACUAAUACACCAGUUGUUCUGACACAGUUCACAGUACGUGUGUGCGCCUAUUAUUGUGUGCGGCUAAUGGAAAUACUUCAGAUGGUAGAAGGUGGGUUUUCAGGACAAAAUUCUUUAUGCUUGGCAAUGAUUUAAGGACCUGAAAAGAAGGAAGUCAGUGAAGUCACACCAUCAUCUUGGAUGUACACUGUGUUUGGAGACAUGUUGUUGAUGCUGCUCACCUUUGCCUGUAUCUAUACCAAUGAAACAAUUGCUGAGCUACAACCCCCAUUAUCCUUGACCAUGCUAAUGGGCUGAUGGAAUUGGAGUCUGCAGUUUUCCAUCCCUGCUUGUAUGUGGGGUCUUGGAGCUUGCAAACAAUAAAACAGAUGGUGUAAGAACCAGCAGACAAUGGGGGAAGUUAUUUCCCAACCACAAUGAUGUCAGUGGAGCCAUAUAUUAAAGUCUUGCAGUCUUUUGGUGUGCACCCACAACUUGGGGGACUCCUUGUUGUCCAUGCUGGUAUUAUAUGAAACCAUUCUUUCUUCAUUCUUUCAAGCACCCUUAUUGGAGAGGUGUCUGGAUUUGCAAUGGCUGUUUACUAUUAAAUCCACCCCCACCCCAAUAGGAUGAUUGGCAUGAAUGAGAACUCAGAUGUUUGCCGAGAGCUUGUGAACUGAGAAGAGACCUAUCACUUCUUGACAUUUAAUUCUUAAGUCUGUUUUGAUCUUUCCAGGAUUUGGCUGCCUCUGUGUGUUUGUAUCAAAUCUGGGUCAGCUCCAUUGAUGUUUUGAAGUUAAGAAACUUGGAUUUGUGUUUCCAAUAUCUGCAUACCUUUUAGCAAUCUUUAACCAGCAGUAGGAAAUGGUAGGGGAUGAUAAAGCAGAAUGGUGAAUUUAUCACUGUAACCUCAAUAUAAAAAGGUGUGGAGGAUUCCCUGGUCCUGAAUGGGGUAACUGCCCCUGAAGGGCCAGGUGCGCAGCCUGGGAGUCAUUUUGGACUCACAGCUGUCCAUGGAGGCACAGGUCAAAUCUGUGUCCAGGGCAGCUGUUUACCAGCUCCACCUGGUACGUAGGCUGAGACCCUAUCUGCCUGCGGACUGCCUCGCCAGAGGGGUGCAUGCUCUGGUUAUCUCCCGCUUGGACUACUGCAAUGCACUCUACGUGGGGCUACCUUUGAAGGUGACCCGGAAACUACAACUAAUCCAGAAUGCGGCAGCUAGACUGGUGACUGGGAGUGGCUGCCGAGACCAUAUAACACCGGUCUUGAAAGACCUACAUUGGCUCCCAGUACGUUUCCGAGCACAAUUCAAAGUGUUGGUGCUGACCUUUAAAGCCCUAAACGGCCUCGGUCCAGUAUAUCUGAAGGAGCGUCUCCACCCCCAUCAUUCUACCCAGACACUGAGGUCCAGCUCUGAGGGCCUUCUGGCGGUUCCCUCACUGCGAGAAGCCAAUUUACAGGGAACCAGGCAGAGGGCCUUCUCGGUAGUGGCGCAUUCCCUGUGGAAUGCCCUCCCACCAGAUGUCAAAGAGAACUACCAGACUUUUAGAAGACAUCUGAAGGCAGCCCUGUUUAGGAAAGUUUUUAAUGUUUGAUGUAUUACAGUAUUUUAAUAUUUUUUUUUGGAAGCCACACAGAGUGGCUGGGGAAGCCCAGCCAGAUGGGCGGGGUAUAAAUAAUUUAUUAUUAUUACUACUACUACUACUACUACUAUUAUUAUAACUGGCUGAGAGCCUGCUGGAUGAAGACAGUGGCCCAUCUAGUCCAGCAUCAUGAUUUCACAGCGGCUAACCAGAUGCCUGUGGGAAAUCAGCAAGCAGAAAAACAGCACAAGACCACUCUCCCCUCCCAUAGGGGUCAAAAUAUUCAUGAUUUCCACCACCACCACCACCACCCCAUCCAGAAAAACAACAAUGCAUGUUCUAUGUUCUAAUAUAUUUUCAUCUCAUUUUAUUUUCUGGUGGCUUGUGUCAUCAGACACUCUUCUGUUGAGAGUCUCUUGCAUAUGUAGAGUAAAACUGCAUGUUGCUUUUUUCAACAUUAGACAGCUUUGCAAACAGAUUACUACUGAGUGGGCGAAUCAUGUGAAGUUUCCCCAGAGGUAUCUGACAGCACAUCCUCAACGGUGAAGUUUUGAAAUGUUAUCUUCAAAAUACAGUUUCUUGAAACCUAGGUGUGUUGUUUUAUUCUCCACACAGUCUGAGCCAUUCACCUGCCACGUGCAUUUAAAACACGAACAAACCCCAUUGUGGAGUGCCUCCCUGCAGUUGAGAUUUUAGUAGUUUCAACUUGGAUUCUGUAAUAUUUGACCCUGAGUCAGGUCGGCUAUGUGUAGAUAGAAGCAGAUCCCUCAAUUGAUUCAGCAUCUUACAAUAGCUUAGUAAAUGCAAGUGGAUAAUAGGCAAUAUCCCCUUCAAGUAAGCAUUGGGGAAAACAUUUUUUGCUUGUGUGUGUGUGUGUGUGUGUGUGUGUGUGUUCUGGUGAAAGAUACUCCCCUCCUUAGUAUGGGAUAAUACCCACCUUGUUUUGAGUUGCAGCUGAAAUCUUAAAAAAAUCCACAACCCCCAUUGAAUACAGUGGUACCUUGGGUUACAUACGCUUCAGGUUACAUACGCUUCAGGUUACACACUCCGCUAACCCAGAAAUAGUGCUUCAGGUUAAGAACUUUGCUUCAGGAUAAGAACAGAAAUCGGGCUCUGGCGGCGCGACAGCAGCAGGAGGCCCUGUUAGCUAAAGUGAUGCUUCAGGUUAAGAACAGUUUCAGGUUAAGUACGGACCUCUGGAACGAAUUAAGUACUUAACCUGAGGUACCACUGUAUAAGUCAGCAAUCAACAACUCUGCUAUUCUCUCCCCUGCUGACAUGGGGCUAUUCUUACCAGAAUUAGACACUGAUAGAGAAAAACAAUAAAAUCCCAGCAGUACUAGACUGUUGGCGAGCAGCAGUUCAGCCUCAUCACAUUUUAUGGCAGGCAUUCUGAUGUUUGAAUGAGAGAAGCUGCAGGAUGGCAGCGGAUAGCAGUUUCCAAAUUCUGUAGCAGGCAGGAACUGCUGCUGCAAAUGGCUUUCUAUCUCCUAAAGAAAAUAUAAAACAGAAUCUUUCAUUUCCUUCUUCUGGAAUAUGUGCCUUAAACUGUGGGAGUUUGUUUCUCAGGGGUUGCUCAUAACUUAGGGUCUUGCUCACCUUAGGGUCUUGCUCACAUGAAACUUUCCCAGAAGCAGGAUUAGUGGGGCUACUAUAGCAUAGAUUAAAAUAAUUGAUUUGCUUGAAAACUUUUAUUUCUUCCAAAUGUCUUUUACCCUAGAGUACAGCCAGGGAAGCAUUUUUAGCCUGAGGGCUGCAGUCCCUCCUGGACAACAUUCCAAGCGCCACAUCAUCAUCAUUAAUGAUGAUGAUGAUGAUGAUGAUGUACACUGCUGAGACACUUUGGUAGUUGUGGCAUAUAAAGAGCUUAAAUAAAUAUUUGAAAAUAUGCUACAAAAUUGCAAAUUUUAAAUUUACUGUCCAGAUUUUCAAUCAUACCCUGUCUCUGGCUAAUUUCAAGUGCUGCCUGUAAAGUUUUGCUAAAGAUCUUGAAUGACUCUCUGCCACGUUACAGUGUUAAGACGAAGAAUGAAGUCUUGCUUGUUGCAGAGACACUGGUGGUCAGUGUCAGGGCUGGAGUCAGACGCUGGUCAGCACGAAAGUCACAGGGCUCCAUUGUCAGUGAAGUUAACUCUUCAUUCAAGGAAACGGCAUAUAGCUCAUCAACACUUCCUAGGAGGCCUUGCCCCUAUGGAGCAGUUGCCAGGACUGGAGGUCCCUGCCUUCCACCCUUUCUAAGGCUCCUCCCAAAUGUUUCCCAAGCAGUCUCAAACUACGCCUCUGCACCUCUGGCCUCUGUUCUGCUCACCUCAUUAUACUUCAUGUUCUUGGAGACCAAGGGAGUGGGGUACUUGUCACAGCAGGAGAGGGAAGAGUCCUUGAAUUCUGCAGUGGCCUCUUGACCCCCCCUGCUCUGCUUCCGCCUCAGAGUCUGAACUGCUCCCCAUCAAAAGCUCUUCCUGCUCACUAAAUCCUGUUGCCCCUUCAGCAUCUGGCCCCUCCUCUCAAUCCUCUCCCUCUGACCUCUCCUCUAUGUCCCACCACCAUCCCUUGGCUCUAAACAUUUCUCCUCUGGGGUUUCCAUUGAGGGUUCCCCGGCUGGUGCCUCCCACCACUCCUCUUGGUCCAGCCAGUCCCUGAUAGUCAACUGCAGAAUAUUGCGUCUGCAAAAUCGGUUUUUUUGUUGCCAAUUACUGACUGAGAUCAUAGUUCAUAUUCUAAUAGGAAUAGAAGCAGGGGUCAGCAACCUAAGGCCCAUGGGCUGCAAGCAGCCCAUGGGGGUCGUUUAACUGGCCCACGAGCCGCCCCUGAACUGAGCUGCUCACUCGCCGAGUCCCUGCAUGCUGCACUAAACCGGCACAGCAUGGCGCAGGGGCUUGCUUUCGUGGCGCCGGUAAUCAUGUCUGCACAGACGCAGACACUGAAAAUCACAUCUGCGCAGACCCUGGAAAUUGCGUGCACCCAUAGAGGGAUCUCCGCUGGAGUGAACCAGCCCAGGCAAGGUUAACCUUGCCGAGCCCUGAAUUAGAGGAAGAGAAUGGCAAGUUUUCUCCGGAGUUGUCCUAUACAGAGAUUCACAACUGCAGUUGUGUUAGGUAAAGAUAUAUAUUUUUUUGUUUGUACAGGCCCUGAUGAAUUUGAAAGGUCAACAGUGAGGCUGCUAUCUUUCCUCUCUUUAUUUCUCCUCGUAUAGCCAUUGUCAUUAGUGGAGGCGCUGUCGUGUCAGCAAUCUCUUGUAAAGAGUGAAUACGAUGUCUUAAGAGGAUACAGGAAAUCAUAUUCUCAUGUAGGCCUGGGGAAGCGUAUGGUCACGCAGUCACAAGUUCUCUCUAAACACAGUAGUGAGAGAGAAUUGUUUUAAAACAAUGGCAAAUGGAUAUGGAACUCCUGUUAGUAACUCUCACAAGCACAAAUGGUUGGAAAUGUCAUGGAACAGAUGACCUUUAAUGAAAAAGUCCUGGGAUGGGGGUGAUCUCUCUUUCUCUCUCUCUCUCUCUCUCUGUGUGUGUGUGUGUCUGUUGCAACUUAAUGAUGGAGAAAUAUCAUAUCUGGUUACAGCAACAAGAAUAGUUUGUGUAGGACAUUGGAAGCAACCUGCUAAUAUUGUCAAGCAUCCCUUCUCUUCCCCGUUGUCUGGCAUGGCCAUGAGGAGCUGAUUGGAAGCACCCACUUUCAGAUUUUAGUCAACUGUUGCUUCUUGAAACAAGUCAAUGUCAUAUUGUGGUUUUGCUCCAUCCCAGGUGGCGGCCUCAGCUUGACAGAGCUCUGGUCUAAGCAGCUUGCCUCUGCUUGCUGCUGGAGACAGAAGUCUGCUGCUAUGAGUCUUCGGCCUGAGCGCCACGUAAAGUGAGCCAGAGAGUUACCUGCUUUUCUUUUACUUUGCCAUGUUGGAACUUGACCUCUGAUUUGCUUGACUUUGCCUCUCCAAAACUGGGAUCACGCUUAUCAUCUCCCCCUUAGACUGGAACCCAGUCAAGCUGAGACCACAAUCUUGUAUAAGUUUCUUAUAAAAGAGACAUUUCUUGAUUUCCCCACCUCAAGAAACGUUCAGGUAAAUAAUAAUUAUAAUGAUGAUUAGAUGUAUUUGUUCUGUGUAUAUAUGGAAAGACACACCGUGUUUCCUAUUUCAGCAUUUCAAUAUUUGAAUUGCUCAAAGAAUUUUUUAAAAAUCAAGGAAAAAUAUUCUACAAUAGAGCAAUAAGCAACUUCCUAGCAGCAAGGUAUCUCUUGCAAAUUUCAGAUCUCAGGAUUUAGUUUCACCAGUUCUGUGGACCAUGAAUAAUUCAUCUGGCUGUUAAAAAUACAUGCUGAUUCUUGGAUCAGUCUGUUUCCAGGCUAUAGUUAAUUUAUGGAUUUAUUUCUUGAAGGAAUAAUUCAGAUUUGGGCUGACAGAUCUUUAAAAACUCAGAUAAUAUCAUCGUUUUAUUGAGGAUGAAGGGGGUCCUUUACAGAGUCUGAUAUGGAUUAUAUAACCAAGUACAAUAAUGGUUAGUAUAAUGCUAAGAUAUCACCUGGAUGUAAUUCAAAGGAGAGAAGCACCAACACUUUUACAUUCUUUAUUAAAUAAAUAUUAUGCCAGUAUUAUAGGCAGCAUGGCAAGAGUUAAUCUCCGUGCAUGAGAGGAAAAAAAAUAAUUGGGCUAAAGUGAAUCCCUGUAGUAAAUUUUAUUCUGAUUUAUUUCGUUUACUUAAGGCCGAAUUAAGUGAAAACAGCAGUUCAUUGUUAAUUUUGCCUCUUCCUCCCUCCCCUAAGGUCAUAUAUUAUCAUUUUAUAGCUUGCUUUAUCAAUUUGUAAAAGAUACCCAGAGGGUGAUAAUAAAACAUUUUAAACAAAGACAGUUGAACAACAAAAUCUUAAGCAAGGUAAAUUAGGGGGAAAUCACAUAAAACACACAAAUACAAAUGACAGGUAACACAGUGGAUUCAUUAUAAAUUGGUGGAUUAAAAUCAUUCAAAAUAGGGAAGCCAAAUCUUAACCAGACACAUAUAACAUAUUGAUAAGGGUGCCAAGGCUAGUCUCUCUCUCUGGAGUGCAUUCCACAUGAGGUGCCUCUAGGGAAAAGGACCUCUCUCCAGUGGCCACCUGCUUCACCUUAGUUCUCAGACAAGUUCAUGAAAGACAAGACAGUCUUUCAAUGCACUCCAGACCCAAGCUAUAUAGAGUUUUGAAGACCAGAGCAAGCACUCUGAGUUAUAACCAGAAACAAAUAAGAUGACUGUGAAAUUUUCAACCCUGAUGCCCUAAUGCCCUGGCAGCCAGUACCAGCCAAUCUGGGUGCUGUGUUAUGCAGUUUAUAUUUCUGCAGGAUUUUUCAAUGGUGUUUCAGAUAUAUACGUUUUCACUUAAACGCGCAAUGACUUGGAACGUAACCCCUGUGUGAAUUGGGAGUUGCCUGUAUAACAUGUCGUGAUAGCCCUUUCUUGCGUGUGCAAAGGAAGUCAGUGUAAUGAAGAGUGUGGCUCAGAGUGCUCCUCCAUGAAGUUCAUUUCCGUAUGUUUCUGAGCACAAUUCAAAGUGUUGGUGCUGACCUUUAAAGCCCUAAACGGCCUUGAUCCAGUAUACCUGAAGGAGCGUCUCCACCCCCAUCGUUCUGCCCGGACACUGAGGUCUAGUGCCGAGGGCCUUCUGUCGGUUCCCUCGCUGCGAGAAGCCAAGUUACAGGGAACCAGGCAGAGGGCCUUCUCGGUAGUGGCACCCGCCCUGUGGAACGCCCUCCCACCAGAUGUCAAAGAGAAAAACAACUACCAGACUUUUAGAAGACAUCUGAAGGCAGCCCUGUUUAGGGAAGCUUUUAAUGUUUAAUAGACUACUGUAUUUUAAUAUUCUGUUGGAAGCUGUCCAGGGUGGCUGGGGAAACCCAGCCAGAUGGGUGGGGUAUAAAUAAUAAUAAUAAUAAAUAAUAAUAAUAAUAAUAAUAAUAAUAAUAAUAAUAAUAAUCAUUAUUCAUAAAUUUGCCUUCUUGAAGCUGCCAUUCUGCAUGGUCUGCAGAAAGUGGAUAGGCUGCUUCCUAAUACUAGCACUCAGGCCAGUGAAGCUGAAUGGUGGAAGAUUCAGGACAGGGGGGAAAAAGAUAAUUCUUCUUCAGCCUACACAUAAUUAAUGAUGGAAUUCACUCCCAGAAGAUGUAGGUAGUAAUGACAAGCAAUUUGGAUGCCUUUGAAUGAGGAUGAGGCAAUUUCAUAGAGGAUGAAGCUUGCCACUAGCCACUGCUUGAGGCAGUCUGCCUUUGAAUGCCAGCUGAGCAUUGCAAGUGGGGGGCAAAAUGCUGUUGUGCUCAAGUUCUGCUUGUGAGCUUCCCAUUGGCGUAUUCUAGUAACGAGGACUGCCUUUGAUCAUCGGUCUUCAAAGAAAUUGGAUUAAUUUGUAAUAUAACAGUAGAUGCAGUUCCUUUGUUUGCUGUGCUAGGAAUAAUAGAUCCAUCAAAUCAACAUUUAUCUCACUGGGAUAUGUUGACAUCUUUGCUGCUGGCUUCUGGUGUUCUGCAACAGACCUGACAGUAGAAUCAUGGUAUACUCAGGUGCAGUCCAUUGCUGUGGCCGAUAAAUUGGCCUGCUAGGUAAGGGUGUCCAGAGGUUAGAUGAGUCCUUUAUCAUCAAUCAGUUGUUAGCCCACACUUUCCCAGUGCAGUGGGGUGGUGGGGUGGGAGAGCCCCAAAUCCACAGUGAUUGUGUAACCAAACCCUACCUGCAAAAUUGCAACCAUCAGGAAGUGGCCUUAGUGUCAUGUACGAAAAUGCCCUUAGAGCAACGUUACAUUAUUAUAUGGCAAUAAAGUCAGGUCUGCCAUCAAAUGUACCUCUGGAGAUACAUCUGGCAAACCUGUAUGAUGCAUAUGCUUCUUAAAAACACAUUCGUUGCAUUCACAUGUUACAUUUCUAGGUGUAUACUUAAAAGAAAUGUGGGAAGAGGCCUUCAAAGGCUUUGGGGGGACUGUGCAUAACGGUGUGUCAAGUAAAUGUGUACAGCUUCAGUUCUCAUAUUCCCUUUUUUUAUCUGGAGGCUGUUGUACUAUCUCCUUGACAUAAAAAUAUGUGCAAUAAAUUAUUUAGAUACUGUUUGUCAAGAGAGGGGCUUUCUUUCCCACACAUUCUCCUCUGUCUCAUUUUGUCGCUUUAGAUGGUGAUGUUUUUGGAAAGCUGAUUUAAUACUGUCAUUUGCUAGCCUGGUAAUUUUCGUCUCUUUGCCAUGUGCAUGUAUUUUUUGGAAGGGGUGGGGAAACGGGAUGGGAGGGGUGGCAUUUGUCCUUUACCAAGCACCCUCAUUUGUCUUCUGCAGAAACGAUUGCAAAUUAUAAUUCUGCAUAUUAAAGAAGCAGCUGUGUUAUCCUUGAAAUCUCAGAUUUCACCAUGCAAGUAGCUUCUAAUUAUUUUCCGAGUGAAAAGGUUCAAAGUAAUCUGAACAAGGCUUGUUUUUCGGUUUGUACUCUGUAACUAGGCAUAAUAAAUGGGUCAGCAUCAUUGUGAGUUGCACACACCCCUUCAAUUCUAUACACAAAGGAAGUCGAUUUAAGACUUUCAGGGAUUCGAUAGAAUUUUUCAAAAACAAAGGGCUUAAUGAGUCCUUGUAGCUCAUAAAAUGAAUGCUUGAGUCCUCAAUGUGCUGGAAAAUGAAGAUGGUGUAAAGCAGGUAAGCAUUUUUUAAAGCAAAAGAAGGAGGGAUAUAAUACAUUUCUGUGUAUUAACAAAAGAAAAACAGCCCUCUUUCAACACUUUGGUCACAUGCACACCAUACAUUUUAAAACACAUGUUUCCCUCCAAAGGAUCAUGGGAUCUGUAGUUUGUUAUGCAUGCUGGGAAUUUUAGGUCUUUGAGUGGUAAACUAGUUCCCAGCACUCUUGGAGGGAGACUCAUAACUGUUAAAGUGGUGUAAAUGUGCUUUAAAGGUAUGGUGAACUUCAGAACAUGAAAUGGUUUGGGAAAAACAUGAUAUAAAUUGACUGUUUGGUUGAGCUGAAAGGCUGCUUCACACAUUGCAAUGUUCCUAAACAACAUGUGGAGAGAGAUCUUUUGGACUUACGAAUGUCAUCCUGCUCUGAAUUACAUUGCUGUUACUAACUUUGCUGGGUUUUUCUUAGAAUUGUUGCAAAUGUGAUAAAAAAUUGAAAAAUCAAUAAAAAAUAUUAUUAAAAAGUAUGAAUACAGAACAGUGAACAAGUACCCUUGUUAGAGAGUUGUGAUUGGCUUCAGCUACCACUGAUUGUAUACUUCGUGGCAAAUCCUGAUUUUCUGUUCAGUAAUGUGUGAUUACCCUUAAUAUGACCCUUAAUUCUCUGGCUCUUUGCUGCUACUUCUAAGAACUUUUGGCAAAUGCUGUUUGUUCUGCUGCUGCGGGUCAUGAGAAGGGGAGAAAGGGACUGCCUAGGCAGUUCUGUUGGAUGAAAAUCUCUCUGUCUCCCUCUUUCUCUCUCUUCUCUUUCUCUCUCUCUCUCUCUCUCUCUCUCCCUCUCUCUCUCUCUCUCUCUCUCUCUCUGUCUGUCUUAUCUAUCUAUCUAUCUAUCAUCUAUCUAUCUAUCAUCUAUCUAUCUCUAUCUAUCUAUCUCUAUCUAUCAUCUAUCUAUCAUCUAUCAUCUAUCUAUCUAUCUAUCUAUCUAUCUAUCUAUAUCAUCUAUCUAUCUAUCUAUCUAUCUAUCUAUGGCAGCGCUCACACAACUCUGAUAAUGUGUCUUAUUUUAGAAGAGUAUUUGUGUUUGUGUGUGGAGUUCCAGCUCUUUAAUUACGUACUGAAAGCAACCAUAAUGCAAUGCUGAUUGCUUCUUCAAGCAAGAAAUGCCUUUAUUUUCCCUGGGUUGUCCUUUGCAUACGCCUGUACCUGAACAUAAUCUUUAACUUGCACUGUCAACCACUGUAAGAAACAGAAAAAAUUAUGAAUGAAGUAAUGGUAAAGAAAGAUCACUGUUUUAAUAACAGAGGAUAAUGCUGGGCUCAGCAAGAUUUACGUUCAUUCACUUAAUGAGGUCACAGAAUCAAGGCAGUGUGUUCUCCAGGAGUAGCAUGAAAUGAUAAGUUUCACCUUAUUCCAUUAGAGGGUGGAAUUAACCUCCCUGGUAAUUUUGUCGUCAUUGGACUGUCACGUAUUCAGCAGCCAUAAAAAUGCUUCCCUCCCUCUCUUGUCAGCUUGCCUAAUAUAUAUGCAGGGGAGUUUUUGGUUACCAAAUUGCUGCUCAGUUUUCCCUUUGACAUGUGAACAUUUUCAGGAGCAGAGCAUAUCCGCCUUGACAUAAAGCAAUCACAAUGAUAGGUUCUUCCCUUUUCUCAGAAUAGUUGACCUGACAUUCUUCCCUGGGAGACUUGGUCUUCCUCCUUUCACUAGAACAGAAAAGCAACCGGCAAGCACCUGCUUUUCAUUGUGCUCUCCUCUUCUUGAGUUUUCGCCUUAUGCAAUGAAUUUUUUUUAAUUUUAAAAAUCAUUUGUACUUGAGUGAAAAGCUGGCGCUCAGCAGCAGCUGUUAUUCCAAAGGGGUUUCACUGCCAAACAGCUGAAAUUAGAAAUGAAGAGGCGCUAUUAGUCAGUCUUGCUCGCCUCUUUCAGGGUGUUCUAAUAGAACUUUAUUAGUGAUGCCAAUGCUUAUAUAGUUAGACCAGAGGGACUUCCUUCAAUAGAGUUUCUCAGAAUCAAAUGCAGGGGUCAGUGUGAGUGUGGUUGUGUGUGUAAGAAAGCAACAACAGCUGGCUUAUUUUAAGUCUUUAUCAGUCUCUUGAAAGGGCAGGCAACUCUGUGUCCUUUGGCUACCGGUAAUUAAAAAAGCUAUGGCUCACUAGAAGGACAGAUCCUGAAUCUGAGGCUCCAAUCUUUUGGCCACCUCAUGAGAAGAGAAGACUCCCUGGAAAAGACCCUGAUGUUGGGAAAGAUUGAGGGCACAUGGAGAAGGGGACGGCAGAGGACGAAAUGGUUGGACAGUGUUCUUGAAGCUACUAAUAUGAGUUUGACCAAACUGUGGGAGGCAGUGGAAGACAGGAGUGCCUGGCGUGCUCUGGUCCAUGGGGUGACGAAGAGUUGGACACGGCUAAACAACUAAACAACAACAAAUGGCCUUUUAAGCAGUGGGGGGUUAAUUGUUUUUGUUUGUAACUAUUUUAUGGGUUUUUGUGUUUUUAUACCUGUAAUCCUCAGAUGAAGGGUGGUACAGUUGUGCCUUGGUUCUUGAACAGAAUGUGUUCCAGGAGUCUGUUCGACUCCCGAACUGUUCAAAAACCAAGGCGUGUCUUCCAAUUGGGUGCAGGAACGUCCUGCAGCCAAUCAGAAGCCAUGGAAACUGUGCCAGAUGUUCGGCUUCUGAAAAUUGUUCGAAAACUGCACACACUCCCGGGUUUCAAUUGUUUGGGAGCCGAUUUGUUCAGGAGCCAAGGCGUUUGAGAUCCAAGGUACAACUGUAUAGAAAUUUUAAUCAUCACCAUUGCCUAUGCUGAACUUUUGACCAGUUUUCAAAGGCAGUCCACAUUUAGAGCAGGAGUGCGAAACCUCAAUUUCAUUGUACUGAUUGCAUCAGGAACUACUGGCAUUGUCAGGUGUUUGCUGUGAUGUGCACACACUGGCAGUGGUCACACUGCUGACUCCCUGGGUCCUCUCUUUGCCAUUGCUACUGGUUCAUCUGCCAUCUUCAAAUCGUGAGAACAAAAACAAGGAGAAGGAGCCUCUGUUUCCUUGUCCUCUCAUUCUGGACAAUGGUGCAGAUUGAGCUGGAGCAAAUGAAUGAGCUGUGAGUCAUGGGGCGGGGGGGGGGGGGAGGAAGCAACUCUUGACAGAAGACAUCUCCACCCCCAUCGCUCAGCCCAGACACUGAGGUCCAGCUCCGAGGGCCUUCUGGUGGUUCCCUCACUGCGAGAAGUGAGGUUAUAGGGAACCAGGCAGAGGGCCUUCUCAAUAUUGGUGCCUGCCCUGUGGAAUGCCCUCCCAUCAGAUGUCAACUAUCUGACUUUUAUAAGACACCUGAAAGCCCUGUUUAGGAAAGUUUUUAAUGCUUGAUGUUUUAUUGUGUUUUUAAUAUUCUGUUGGGAGCUGCCCAGAGUGGCUAGGGAAACCCAGCCAGAUGGGUGGGGCAUAAAUAAUAAAUUAUUAUUAUCAUUAUAUUAUUACAAGGGCCAACUAAGGGUGCCUUGCUCAAGGAUUCCCCAAAAUUUGGAGCCAACACUAUCUGGGUGUGACCCGUUGGUCUGUUUAGUCCAGGAACUUCAUAUCAAGCAGUAUCCAUAGCAAGGAACUCAUCAAAGGCAUUAUCAGUGCAGAAUGUUUGUGCACAAUUUUUUAUUCCUGCUGAGAGGCAUGCAUAGGCUGUCUGCAAGAAUAGAAUUUUGAUUGCUGCUGAGAGGAGUGAGCAAAGGAUUAUAUAACUCCAGCUGGUAUUUGUUUAGGCUGUAGAAAUCUAGGGAGACAAUUUGAGAAUAUGUGCUGGAACAAGAACCGUACAAAAAUAGAAUUUAAAAAUCACUUCCAGAAAAGUAGCAUGGAUUCGUUCUUGGGUACAGAAUGCUGUCAUGUGCGCAUGGCAUACCAAGUUGAGGAAAGGGCAAAGUCUGUAGUAAAGAGUCUACUAGUUGCUGGGACUGGUGAGCAAUACUUUCUAGAAGUACUUUUUGGCAUUGAUGAGUAAUCUUUGGCCCUCCAGAUGUUUGUUAGACUCCAAGUCCCAUCAGCCUCAGCCAUUGUGGCCAAUGGUUAGGGAUGAUGGGAAUUAUAGUCCAAAACAUCUGGAAGAAAACAGGUUCCUCACCUCUGAUUUGCAGUUGGGGGAUAUUACCUUACCUGCUCUGGGCUGUUGGUGGUCAACCACACCAGCAAGGAAGUCUUUCAUCCUCCUGCCACUGCUUCUGCAUGACCACAGACAGGUAGCGAUGAACUGACUGAAUCCCUGCUUGAUAACCAAAUUAGGGCAAUAGGCGCAGGUCAGAGUUUGCUCAUAUUGUCAGGGUGAGCUGUAGGUAGCUGAGUUGAGCCAGGGAGUUGUGGGAUCUUUAAAGCCCCAAAUACUUAGUCCCCAAAUAUCGGAAAAAUCGCCUCCAUUCCUACAGAUCUUCUAGGGCACUGUUUCUCAAACUGGGGUCUCCAGCUGUUGACAGACUACAACUCCCAUCAUCCUGCUAGCUAGAGAUGAUGGGAGUUGUAGUCCAACAACAGCUGGAGCAACACUGCUCCAAGGUGCAGGUUCCAAAGAUCUCAGGAGCUCUCUCUACAGUAACUCAGAACAUGGCUUCUAGUGUGGCUGCCCUUGUUCUGUGGAAGAGCAUUUCUGUUGAGAUAGAGCAGGCACCUCUUACCUGCACUUUCCCUAAACAAUUGAAGAUCUUUUUUUGUCCCAAUAACCCUUCCAAGUUGGAGGAAUAGGUCUUUGCCAUGGGUGACUACUUGGUGUUGUUGUUUUUUUUAAUUUAUCUGCUGCUGUUACUUUGUCUGUUGAGGGUUUUUUUAGCUGUUUUAUUGCAUUUGGUACAUCUCCUUGAGAUGUGCAUGAAAAGCGAUAAACAAUAAUAUACAGUGGUACCUCAGGUUAAGUACUUAAUUCGUUCCGGAGGUUCGUUCUUAACCUGAAACUGUCCUUAACCUGAAGUACCACUUUAGCUAAUGGGGCCUCCUGCUGCCACUGCGUGAUUUCUGUUCUCAUCCUGAAGCAAAGUUCUUAACCUGAGGUAAUAUUUCUGGGUUAGCGGAGUCUGUAACCUGAAGCGUAUGUAACCUGAAGCGAAUGUAACCCGAGGUACCACUGUAAUAGUUGGCAUUGGGAUUUAAUGCAAGUUAUGAUUUCUGCUCUUCUUACACUUAUUUAGGAAAAGCACAUCAUGAGUCAGAUCACAUUAGAUUAUUCCUCAGGAGUAACUUUGAAUCUCUGGUUAUAAUAUAUAAAAAUAUAAACUCAGCAAGUGCUCUUAAAAUCCAUUGUGCUCUUUGUACCUGAGUCAUGACUAUAUCAAAGGGCAGGCUUUUGAGCCGGAAGAUGAACCUCCACCCCUUUCCUGGUCCUGGAAACUUGAAGUGGCAUUCCUGCUUUCUGCUUGAAAGUGCUUCGUUUGUUAACAGGAGUUGAGUGCAAGCCUGGCCCAUGUGAAAGUAUCAGAAAAUAAGUCUGAACUUUCCCUCCAAAGUGUCUGUGUGUAUUCUUGUUUCUUCAGCUUGUUUCUGUAACAUUUUGUGAUAAAACCAGGCAGCAAUCACUAGUGUUUCCUAUUGCACACCCAGGGAAGCUGUGAUGAGAAUUCUUCAGAAGCAGCUAGUUGCUAGGAUACCUGGCCUUCAUUCUUUUUGUGGCUGUCUCCUUCCUGUGCACUAAUGAGUUUAAGGAAUUUCUCUCCCUUUCUUUAAAAUGAUGCCAGUAGGCUUUCACUUUUUCAUUCCACCUCACUUGCAUAAUUAUUUUUCUGGUCACUGUUUUUAAAACCUUGCGUCCCUUAAGUGAGGGAUUGAGAAAAUUUGGAACAAUACAUAACAAGCUUAUUUACUAAUAUGUCACAUUUACUAAUGAGCCACCAAGAGGCAAUUCUGUCCUGAGUGCCUUUGAGGAUCAGAGUAUAUAUAGAACUGGACUGAGUGAGUACUAAAUAUGCUGGAUGGGCUGGAAGUCUUCUGCUUUGGUCACUGACCUCUGAUUGGAAAGUUUGCAAUCCCUGAAAGUUUGCAAUCCUACAUUUCCCUGAAAGCAUAGUGCAUUUUUAAUAGGCACAAUCUCAUGCCAACUUUUUCCAAACAAGAUAAAUGGCUUCUGUUUUGACCUUUGGCAUGAACUUAAGGAAAUGCCUGGCAGUUUGAUUUGUGUGCCUAAACCAUAUAAUAAGGUGAUUUACAGCUGUUUACAUCAUGAUUGCCAUCCUUGCCUUGCCAACUUUUUCCCAUCUAUCCCUUUUCUGUACCUUUAACAUCAGGUGAUAGUGUGCAUACCCGUGCUUUGAAAUAAAAUUCUCAGGCUGACUUCUCCUGUGAAAGGCAAAAGAACAGAUCAGACUGGUCCCUUCCUCCCCAGUUAGUUUGCAGAUCACCCUAAUGGACGGCACAAAUGAGAGGACCAUUUUCUCACAUUGCCCUGCAUUUGCUGCUAAGUGUAUAUUCAACAGGGAACUGCAGCUAGUCCGGACUUCCUGGGGACCAUAGGGACAAUAUCCCAUUCUCCCCAUGCAGUGAGCCUUUUACAUGGAGAAGCGUUCAGACAUAUAAACCCCGCCCCCACGCAGUAUAAAGUGGUACAGUCCAGAGCAGACUAGUAGCAGGUAUUAUUUCUGCAUGCUUGUGUGAAUCCACAGUAAGUCAUGGCUGGCAAAAUAAAUUAUGUGAUGUGGUGUUGAUGACCUCAGCAUUUGCUUACCUCUUGCAAAUGGCAACCAGUGAAGUGGAAAAGGGUCAGGGAAAUGCUAAGUGGGAUGAUGUUGGGUCACAAGCCUUCUUCCACUAUAUAUUACUGGGGAGAUGUGGGUCAGCAGCCAUGUGUCCCUCAUUAUUUCUAGUGCAGGCCUGUUAAGCAGCAUAGAUUACACGGAACUCAACAGCUUGCUACUGUAGAGGGAGUAAACUGAGAUUCUUAACAGCUUUGACUCUUACCAUAAUAGUGGGGGUAUUCAGAAUGGGUCUGCCUUUAAUACCACAGAGCCUAGGGCUUGCUGAUCAGAAGGUCGGCGGUUCAAAUCCCCGCGACGGGGUGAGCUCCCGUUGCUCGGUCCCUGAUCCUGCCAACCUAGCAGUUCGAAAGCACAUCAAAGUACAAGUAGAUAAAUAAGUAUCGCUCCAGCAGGAAGGUAAAUGGUGUUUCCAUGUGCUGCUCUGGUUCACCAGAAGUGGCUUACUCAUGCUGGCCGCAUGACCCAGAAGCUGUACUCUGGCUCCCUUGGCCAGUAAAGUGAGAUGAGCGCCGCAACCCCAGAGUCGUCCGUGACUGGACCUAAUGGUCAGGGGUUCCUUUACCUUUACCUUAAUACUUAGCUACAAGUCAGCCAUUAAGCUGGUGGGAGGUAGCUGGGGUACCUUCAUUGACUUGGCUGCUGUGUGACUAGAUUGGAAAUGAGCUAUUGAAAACCACCCUUAUUCUUUCUCCUCUCCUGUGUGUGUUCCUCAUACAUAGGAAGUAGACGUAAGUGGAAAUGCAUCUUUUUUUAAAAUAAUAUUUAUUGAUGAUUUUAAGAUUACAAAGAAACAAAGGAAAAAAGUAGACAAAAAGAGAAAUUAAACAAUACAAGUCAAUAAAAACAAAAGUCAAAGAAAAAAACAAAUCACACAAAUACAUCAAAAUCAAAAAGCAAAAAUAAACAAAAAAAUUAAAAACAAAUCCAAUAUUCCCAAAUCUUUAUCUUUCAUUAACUUGUUUCAUGGACCGCCUCACACCUCCCUUUUUUGUAUUCUAGUUAUUAAUUAUCUCAGCAAAUCCUUUCCAUCUUUCAUAAUAUUCUGUCAUUAAAUCACCUUAAUCUAUUUUAACCUUAUCUUACCAUAAAAAACCCUAAAACUUAAAGCUUAAAUCUUAUUUAUACCAAUUUCUCAUAACCAUAACAUAUUCUUACAUAAUUCUUUUAAACAUUUCUGCUACAGCCAAAUAAUUUCGUUCCAACAUUUUUCUAAUACUCAUUAAUUUUACAAAACUUUCCUAGAUAAAUUUUUUAAAACUUUCUUCCAAUCUUCAUCCAACGUCUCUUCCUCCUGGUCUCGGGUUUUGUCAGUCCUUUCUAUCCCAUCCAUCUAGUUCAUCAACCUGGUAACCUUAUAUCCGAGGCUCUUAAAUCUCUUCCAUGUCCCUUCCGCAGGUCUUCUUCAUAUUUAUACCUGUACUUUACUUUGUCUUCUGCUCCUUUCACUCGUGGAGACUCCAGCUUGACAAUAUUUUUGUCCCUUCUCGACAGAUCAGCCCCUUUUCCAUAGUCAACACUGAACUCCAUGUGGUAUUUAAAAGCAUGUUUCAAGGUCCCUCUAAAGUUAAGGACCCCCACAACUCCGAACGCCUCCCGGCCCAAAGCCAGACUUGAAAGGUCAAAACAUCCCUGCACAGGGGGGUCUAUCCAGCCCCCCAUCUCCAAGCCAAACAAGACUCUAUCUCUCCAAAUCUGGCUUUUUCCAGGUUCAUUCGUCAAAUCCAACAACUCAUGUUCCUGCUGGGCCACAGUUCCCUCCAUCUCUGCCUCCCAGGGUCCAGCAACAACCUCCUCCCUCAUCUGAUCUGUCAGAGCACACUCCUGGAUUAAUUCCUGAGUGGGUUCUAUAUAGGUACCCACUGCCUGUCCAAAAUUUCCGAUCGCAACAGUCAUCAAAUCCGUCUUCUCAUGUAACUGUUCCAAUAAGGCACUUGUCUUGCAGAAGGCAAGCACCAGAGCCUCCGAGUACAUUCUUGUUCAAGGUCAGAGUCUAAUCCCACGAUCUUAAUCUAUUGCAGCUGCACAGCUCCCAGUUCGGAUUUAAUAACAGUUUCGCAAGCUCCCUCUAGGGGAAAAAGCUUCUAUUUGUAUCCAUCUCUUUUUUUUCUUUUAAAAGCAGAUCUAACAACAAAGUUUCCUUUUUCAGAUAUUUUGUCAAUAUUUUGUUCCUUUUAGAUGCGAAGGGGAACAAUGGAAUCAACAUGUUUCUCUUCUUUUAACUAUCUGUCAAAAACGUUUGUCUAUAGUCAAUGAACUUCCCGAGGGCGUCUGUCCUGACACCCCGCUCCCAGGUUCAAGACGGUGGAAAAUUGCUUUUCUUUACUCUAUCUUCUGCAGGUUUAAACAGUCCAGAAAAAAUUCCCCCCUCUUCUCCUGCUUCCAAGGGGGGUUCAGUAAUUUUAAAUGAUGAAAAUUGGUCCUUUACAGACGACUUUCUAAACUCUAGCUUACCGUGUCUUUGCUUUAAUCUAUCUACAAAAGCGGAAGGCGGACUUCCUGUUUAGACCUUCCCGCUUCAGUGCCAAAUUGAAAGAAAUUUCUUAAUCCAGUUUUCCGUUCUACUCACGGGCAGUUAUUUAAAAUUCAAUUGUCCACAGGAAAAAGUCAGCGCUCUCCGGCAACAGCAAUGCGGCUUCACUCUGUGAAAGAAGCAAUCGAUUCAAAGCACCGCGCCACUCACCCCACGUUGCUCCGGAUCCCCGAAACCGGGGUUCCCUGCGAGUAGGGGGGGGGCGCAAAGGUGCCAGCCGAAUCCCACAUCCACAGGCUUCUCCCGCCUGUGGUUUUUGAUGGGUCUCCACCUCGCCGUGGCGGUUCAGACCCUUUUUUCCACGGAGCGGAUUCCUCCCGAUCGGAGGAAAUCCGCCAUUGCCAGAGGCGCCAACCCGGAAGUCCGGAAAUGCAUCUUUUUUGCCCAUAUAUGCUAGGUUAAAUGUGUUGACCUAUUUUUAAACUUGGAAGGAGUUACCCUGCUUUAGCAACCGCAUUGCAUUUAGCAAUCACCCAGCUAAUAGUUACUCAGCGCCACAUCAUUACUUACAGCGGUUUAAGUCUUCUGCAGUGGGUGGGUAGAGGUACACUCAUAAAAAUGUGCAAUAAUCAAUUCCAUGCUUUUCAGGCUGUUUUAGUCCCAAUGCAUCUCAUCCUGCUUUGGUCAUUACUCUUGAGUUGGUAAUGCAAAUAAGAGAAUUUUGGGGAAAGGGCUGUAGCUCAGGGCAGGGUGUCUGUGUUAUAUGUAGAAGCUCCUGUGUUCAGUCUUCCACAUCUCAAGACAGUGUUGACAAUAUGAACCUGGUGGUCUUGACUCAGUAUAAGGCAGUUUUCUAGGUUCCUGCAUCUCUUAACUCAGGCUAACCAGGAAAAAACAACAGCCACUCAUUAUGGGAUUUGGUGAAACAAAGAUUAAUAAUAUUAUUCCUCUCUGUUAGUGAAGUGGGUAUAUUACGUGCUAGGCAUCAGAACAGUGGGAGGGCAGUAUGUUGGAUCUUGCCAGCUGUCAGUUCCACAUCUGAAAAUGAUCUGACAGUAGUUGGUGUCCUUGUAUGAACGAUUUGCACAAUACAUGUUUAUGCUGCAGUACAACUGAUUUUUGCAUCUACAAAUUCUGCUUGAAAAUAUAUCUGAAUAGACUCAGCUCUUUAAAAAGAAUCGGCUGUGGGAGUAGGGUCUCAAGGCCAAAGUUACUUAAAUAUGGGCUCACGUGGGGCAUUAUUUUAAUGUUAUCUCUCUUUUCUUUCAAGAUCUGAACAUGGAGUUCAACCCAUCAGAUCAUCCACGGGCCAGCACAAUCUUCCUCAGCAAAUCUCAAACAGACGGUAAGUCACCAGUGUUAUUAUACAAACAACAAAAGAUUCAUGUGCACUUUAUAACAUACGCUUCAUGCAUAGUUUAUAAUAUGCAUAUAGCCCUAUUGCAAGACCAUACCUGAUAACAAUUUGGAUAGAUAAUUAGCUAUUAUAUUUAUUUUAUUUAAAAAGCUGCGGUUUGUGGCUGACCUGCUAUUCAGAGUGGGUCACUGGCUUGGAUUGUUUUAACAGCAGCAUCAGAAAUGGAAAUUAACCAUGCAAGUCUUUCAUCCUAAACAUGUUCAAGAUCCUAAACAUGUUUAGCAUGAGAGUCUUAUUGACUUAUUUUCAUUUUUUAGGACUUUAACAAAAUGAUCUGUGAGAGAGAAAUAAUCUUGCCUUCUCUUGAGGCAUAAAUCUGAACUCUCUGUUUUUAAGGCGUUCCAUCAGCUAGUGGGCUUAAUGCAGUCUGAUAAAUGAGGGCCCCAUACACACAUAAUCCUUUUUCCAAGACCACUUAUGCGCCUAUGUGCUAUUGAUUCACAAUAAGGGCUGUAUUUCAUAGUGAAUUGUUAUGUUUAGACUACUGGAUUAUUUAUUUAGAUUCCACCCCCCCAAAUCCUUUGUGUUUAUCAACAAUUAAUCUUUUCCCAUUAUACAGACACAGUUGUAUAGUUAAGUGUUUUGAAAUUGACGUAUUGUAGCAUAGAAUUCUCACAUAUUAACUCGAUACGAAUCUUCCUUUUGAAAAGACUGUGGAGUAAGGUCUCACUUUGUUCUUAAGUUGUUGUGCUUUAUCUGAACCCAUCUAUUUAGGUCGGUGAGGACCAAGUGUACCUACAAAGACUGGUCCUCUCUUGUACUAAAUAGGCUGAGAGACAGUUCUUUUGCUCAAGGCACUAUUGCUUUGCAAGGACCUGAAGCUGCUUGCAACAAAUUUUCCACUGGACCACACAGGCUCCUGUUGUAAAUGAUGACUUGUUUUACAAAACAGGCAAGAGUUACUUAUUGGAAACUUUAGGAAUAAUUUUUCAACAAGUUAGUUCAGUUAGAGAGGCCUCAGAGCUGAGGUGGUUGAUUUAUAGCAUUUUGCUUGCAGGCUGCACAUUUUAAAAAUAAAACAGUCUUUCUCCUUGCACUCAUUGAUCAGUGGAGUCGAACAUCAUCAUUUAUUAGUCUGGGUUUCUGCAGCACCUGGAAAUUAACAGUAUUUGCCUUAGAGUGAGCCUUGAUGCAAUCAGUGGAGGGAGAUUCAUUUACUGUUGGCUUAUUCAAUCUGUAGUGCUAGGCCUCAGUGAUGAUAGUUCCCCCUUCUUCUGAAGCUGUCAGGUAUAAUAAAUGGCAAUCAUUUUGUCUCUGAAAUGUUUUCUAGAUAUCCUUGACAAAAGUCAACCCUCUGUUAAGUCUUCUCUACCCCUGCUGUGAUAGCAUGUCCUGAUACAUAGCUGUCAACGUUUCCCUUUUCUUGUGAGGAACCUUAUUCGGAAUAAGGGAAUUUCCCUUAAAAAAAGGGAAACAUUGACAGCUAUGUCCUGAUAUCACAAGCCAGUUCUGAGGUGUGGGGGCUCUGGGAAAUAAGCUGUGCCCCCCCAACCUAGUGGACCCUCAAGGGAAAGAAAGAUAGAGGUGCCUGCUGCAUAUUAUGUUGCUGAAUGUCAAGGACCAAGCUGACCACUGCCACCCUUCUCUGCAUUCAGCCCAAUGCUCAGCAGAAAGUUACCAGUGGCUGCUGCAGCUUCCACCAUCUUUGUUUUCCCAGAAUGCAUCUAUAAUUGGCUGGUGUGUGUCUGCUAGAGAUAUUCACAAAACAAUUGCAUCAAGACAGGGAGUAAGCUCUACAAGAGGGUAAAGAAAGCUGUCCCCAAUAUGUUUUGGACUGCAUGCUGGCAGAGGCUGAGGGGGUUGGAGUUCAAAACUUAUGGAGGGCUCCAGGUUGGGAAAGACUGAUACAGAGGUAUGUGAUUUCAAAAAGAGAAUUGUUUUUCUGUGCAGUGUUUUCUUACGACUUAAUGCAAGAGGAGCAUUGGGAAAUCAGGACUGUAUCCAACUGUGUUCUACACAGUGUAGGCCCAUUGGAAUACAGACCAUUAAUUUUAGUGGGUCUAUCCUGAAUUGAACCAACAUGGAAUACAACCCUCGGUGUGCCAUGUGUGAUCUCUAAAAUCCUUUUAACACUUAUGUAACCUUCAGUGGUUGCUGAAACAGAGAUGAAUCCCAAUGGGGGAAUGAUUUCAGUAAACCCUUCUGCACCAUGACAACACCCUUCAGUGGUUUAUCUGGGGUGGUGCAGAUCAGAAGAAGCACAGUAUAACAAUAGAUUUGGCUUCAGGAUAGUUUCACUAAAGACCGAUUCAUUUCCUCCACUCUUAAUGGAGUGUGAAAGAAGGAUCACAAUUGCCUGGUACCAAGACAAGUAAAUUACACAGUUUGGUUAACCACAGAAUGUCAUAUUGAUCAGUUGGGGCAACAGGAACAAGCUUACUUUCACUUUCACUUUCCAGUGCCCAUUUACAGCAUUGCACUUGCUUAUGUUGGCCUCCCUUCUAUAUCAUCAGGUAGUCUGACUUUGUGGUACCAUGUUAUUCUAAUGUUCUGUGUGCAAGUCCUCAUUGGCUAAGAUCGUGAAAUGAAGUAGGAUUGGCAACAAAAUCUAGAAUUGGCAACAAAACACUUGGGAGAUAACCAAUACAAAUAGACAUGAGAAGUGUGAAUGGUCAGAAAAAUAUUGGGCUAAGCUGAAAAAAUUCACAGGCAAUAUCAUCAUGAAUUCCAGUUUCUGGAAACCUCAGAAGGGGUAGACUGCUCUUGUGCUCAGUUCCUGCUUGUAGGUUUCUCACAGGUAUCUGGUUGGUCAGUGUGAGAAAAGGAUGAUGGACUAGAUGGGCUCUAGCAGGCUUUUCUUAUGUUCUAGGUUUUCACAUCAGAAAUGUUUGUAAAUGAACAUUUGGUGCAGUCUUGCAGUUUUGUGAUUUGUUAUUCCAGCGUCAGCAGGGAAUAUUGCAUUCCAGUGAUUGUAAAACUGGAUUAUUUUGCGGACCAUUGUUCCAAUUCUGGUUUUCUUUACAAUCUACCACAGUCUUACAUUAACGCCCAGAGUGUGAACAGCUUCUCAAUUAUAAAACACCUUUAUAAUCAAGUGUAGUUUUCCUGUACUUGCAGAGUUAAAUCAAAUGGAAAGCAUUGCUAGGCAGUGGAUUACUUCCUAGGUUUGUUUUUGGAUGUCAGUUGAUCAGGAUACUACUGUCUAGGCUUGGGCAAUAUCUGGUUUUCAACAUCAUGAUAUAUAUCAUCAGCUAAACAUCACGAUAUACGGAUCCCGAGGUUUCCGCAACCUGAGGACCGCUUCUGCGCAUGUGCAGACUGCUUCUGCACAUGUGCAGAUUGCUUCUGCGCAUGUGCGCACAGUGAAACCUGGUAAAAUACUUCUGGGUUUGCCACACACGCAUCCCAAAGUUUACGUAACCAGAGGGUUACGUUAACGGAGGUACGACUCUAUAUCGCCCAGCCCUACUAUCGUCCUUGUCCAAUUUUGUUGUAGCUUUAAGAACAACUUUCACUUAGAAGAAUUUUCCUUGGGGCAGGGAGAUAGCCUGUGCUUUGCAACACUCUGUAAUUGCUGUGAAAAGCCAGCCAGACGCCUAGUUGCAUGCUGGUUCUGGUCUUCUGUGUGGACCUCUGCAAGCCAAUGUAGGCUGACCAAGUGCCAGUACUGCAGGAGUUGGGAGUGCUAAAAUAUAUACCAAGUACCUGAAACCUGUUGAAAGAUGGCCUCAGGCAAAACAAAAAAGAAGCAACUUUUCCCACAGCCUACUCAGAUUAUAGGCACUGGGUCAAAACAGAUUAGCCUGGGAUUUGAAUAAACAGUGGUUAUGAUUUUUAUUGUUGCCGCUGGAAUUUUACUAAUUAUGCUGUUUUGUUGUUGCAUGAUGCUUCCUGCUGCUAUGUUGACUUUGUUUUUGUAACUUUGGACACUUUUAUAAUCAUGUUUUGCUGUGUUUAGAUUUCUUAGCUGUUGUGCUUUUAAUUGUGGAUGUUUUUUUAUUUAUUUAAAAAGGUGGAACACAAAUAAAUAAAAUAAAUAUAUAUUGCUAGAUUGUGCUUUCUGACAUUUGUCAGAGGGAUUUGGGUUCUGUGCUGUUGCUCUGAGGAGACCAUGGCUAUAUAUAUGCCCAUUUCUGAUCCUCUGGAUUGCAGCCCACAUCUUUGUAUAAUAAACUGGAACAUCUUUUAUUGUCGUGCAGCCUCUCGCUCCCGAAACGCUGCUCAGAAUUUCUAAAUUUAGGCCGUGCCUGCAAAAAUAUGUGAAAUUCCAUUCCCAAAAUAAAACCGGUGGCAUUGUGGAAGCCAGAGAAGAGCAGUUGGCAAGUAGGCUCUGGUGUUAGGAACAAAUUCAGGUUGCAUUUGAAUUUGCUAGUUGCACACAAAGUUUGAGAUGUAUGUGGUGCUCUCAUUUGAAGCCAAAGGAUAAGCAGAGUAAGAAGAAGAGCAUGAUGCAGGUCCAGGAAUAAGUUUUAAAGUUGCAGUGGAAAAGGAAAGAAAGUGAAAUGGAACCCUGAACAGGAAUGAGGUGAUAACAGGGCAACAGCCUAGGUCCCAUACCUCAGUUUGGGACUCACAGGCAGUAACCCCCUGGACCUGCUCCUCGUCAUCGUCAGUGCUUUAUUUGGAAAAAAAAAGUAGGUGACAGUACAUACACCCCUCUCCCACCCGUUUCCCUUUGCCUACCUCCUCCGCUGCCACCACUGCUUCUUACCUCCUGGAGGCAUUUUGGUGCAACCCACAAAAGUGGGUCUACUACAGAGUGGUGUGGCUAGAAUGACCAUUUCCUCGACAUGCAGGCCACUUCAGCUAUGCCACUUAGUGGUAGAACAAAGCAGUCCUCCUCUACCACAAAAUGGCAUGCCUAGAGUGGCCCAUAUCAGUGAUGAUGAUGAAGAGCCACUGCAGGAGUUAGUGAUAGUGAUAAUUAUGGUGAGGAGGUGGACUCAACUGUGGAAGGGGGCUCCAUGGAGUCUUUAAAGGUAAAGGUAAAGGGACCCCUGACCAUUAGGUCCAGUUGUGACUGACUCUGGGGUUGCGGCGCUCAUCUCGCUUUAUUGGCCAAGGGAGCCGGCAUACAGCUUCCGGGUCAUGACUAAGCCGCUUCUGGCGAACCAGAGCAGCGCACGGAAACGCCAUUUACCUUCCCGCCGGAGCGGUACCUAUUUAUCUACUUGCAUUUUGACAUGCUUUCGAACUGCUAGGUUAGCAGGAGCAGGGACCGAGGAACGGGAGCUCACCCCAUCGCGGGGAUUCGAACCGCCGACCUUCUGAUCGGCAAGUCCUAGGCUCUGUGGUUUUAACCCACAGUGCCACCCGCGCCCCUCCGUGGAGUCCUUAAGUGCCCUUAAAAACAAAACAAAACCAUUCAAGCAGGGUGGAGCAAGGCCAGUUAAAGCUGUGGCCAGUACAGGAGGUGUGGCCUGUGUACAGUCCUGAGGGCCACAUAGAGAGGCCUGCAUUUUGCUCCCAGGCCUGAGCUUCCCAACCCCUGCCCUAGAGCAAUGUUGUUCACCUUGGAGUACAUUCUGUGGAUGCACCGCUUUAGAUUUAGCCCCCUCCCUGCUUACUUGCCUCAGUUGAGUGAGAUUGUGCUUGUUUGUUGCCAGUAUGCACUUGUCAGCUUGAAAAGACCAAAGAAAACUCCACUUUUCAUUUUAAGAGUUGAGGAGAAACCGAGUCAGCUUUUCUUUGAACUCGUGUAGUCCUUUGCUUAGAUCAGUACCAGACAAUUCCCCUAACUAGAAGAAACAUAGCUUUUAUUUCUGUACUAAAUUAUUUAAAAGCUAUCAAAAUGCGAGAGGUUGUAAUUGAUGUGUAAUUAUUAACUCAAGGAUAUUGCCUUUUGUCCUUUUGAAGUCUCCCACUAAAAUUGUCUCUUACACACUGCACAAAAGACUACAGAAAAGCACAAUAAUAUGGAAAAAGUGCCUUUUCUCCCUUAAUUUUAAUGCUGCUUAAUUUCACCCUACGGCACUAAAAAGCUUAACAGUUAAACUACACUUUCAGAAAUUAGAACUGGGCACUUGGCUUUAAAAAUAAAGCAAAUUAAGAAACCAUAGAAUGCAAUUUUUGUUGGUUGUUGCAGGAGCUUGUCAGCUGAACUUUUCAACCUGGACUUGAUUUUAUUCAGUUUCAUUGAGGCUUGCAGCCUUACACCUGGGAGCUGGUCCCUUUGAAUUCUGGCUUACUGCUGAGUAUACUCAUAGAAUGUUGCACUGUUAAUGCACCAUCUUUUCAGCUAGGUGUCCCUGGCACCUAAAUAAAACAGAUAAUUAUUGCAUUUUGUUCUAAGGUCACCAUGUGGUCAGCAUGAGAUGAUAUGAGAUAUAUUCAAGACUACUUGUGGGGAGCAGGGAUGGAACUCUUGUAGGUGUGGGGACUCUAGAAUGUUGGUGAUAUGUCCUGCAUCAGCCAUUCAUUGGAUCGGCAUCAGCACACUUUUUGGAUCUACAGCAGCAAGGAUGCAGAUGGAAUAAAAGGGGAUGGUGGAAUGAAGUAGUCCUAAAUGAAGUAGUUUGAGGUUCUGGAGGCAGCUUGUAUCUAAUUUGGUAUCAAAAGCUUUUGGUUUGUCUUUUUAGCAUAUUGAAAUAUUUGAAAUUGAUCUGCAAGGAUGUUUAUUAACGGGUAAAUCUCAAUGUCUGUUAACAUUUUCACAUUGUUAAAAACAAAUUUAAUUGGCAGGUGCCAUUCAAGUACAUCAAAAGCUUUCUUAGAGUUCAUAACAAAGUUCCAAUUAAACUAAAUGGGCUGUGCUUUUUCGUUUGUUUAUAAACCAUCUAAUGUUUAAACAUCUCAAAUCAAUGUACAAUAUAACAUUAGCACAAUUUAAUUUAGAAAUCAGAAUUUUAAUACACCUUGCUUUACUUUACACAUGCCAGGCAUUUGAUUAUUCACUAACUCCUUUUUUGUUAGCAUUGAAUUUAGUUUUUUCAUUUUCCAAUGAUAGAUUCUGUGGUUGGGAGAGUUAACUAAAAUCAAACAAAUUCAUAUAACAUCCCUACAAUGUGUUUUGUGUUUUCACAGUGAGAGAAAAGCGGAAGAGUCUCUUUAUAAACCACGUAAGUGAAAAAACCGCAACUUUUUCUGGCUGAAUAGCAUGUUUUGAGUUUACACUAAUAAAUCUAAAAGUCUGGUUUUCAAGCAAAUCAGCUGUCUAAAUGUACAGCCAUGGAGUGCCAAAAGUUAUUUAGAGACUGUAGAAAGAGACCUCCUGUAUUAUAGGAAUCUGUUGCAGAAGCCUAUGGCAAGGAAGUGUGCAAAAUUUACGUUUUAGACUGGGGAUGCAGUUUUAGACUGGAGAUGCCCUUUUCUUAUCUCUUCUUCUUGCCACAUAUUAGAACAGAAAAGUAGGGUGACGAAGCUAAAUGAGCUGAAUGGUUUUGCAGAUGAAUUUUAGGCUCAGUUGUGAAUAGUAUACAUAUAUAUACAUUAUCAUUUUUUCUCAGCAAAAUGCAUUCAACUUGAGACCUGAUCUGUUGCCAUCUUGCUGUGUAGUCAAGCAAAGCAGUAAUUUAAAUAUGCAUGUGUCAUCUAUCAUGAUCAGUUAUCUGUGCUCCAAUAACCUGUUAUAUAGACUGUUGCAAUGUGCUGUCAGUGGGGCUACCCUUGAAAAAGUUCCAGAAGCUGUGAAUGCUGCUAAAUGCUGCUGCCUGGCUGGUUUUGGGGUCAGCAAGAGGGAAUUAUCUCCACCCUAAUUCUCAAAACACUAUACUGGCUGCCAGUGUAUCUACUUGACCUGACUCAAGGUGUUCAUACUAGUGUACAAAGCCCUGAAUGACUUGGGGCCCAAGGAUUUGAAGGAGUGCCUUUCUCAGUAUCUUCCAACCUGACUUUGUGAUCAGUGGGAAGUCCUCUGAUCGUGGUUCCAUUAGUGAAGGUGGCAAGGAGGACAGCCACACAAGGCAGAACAUUCUUCGUGGCAGUACUCCACCUAUGGAACUCCCUCCCAUGAGAAAUCUGCUUGUUGCCCAUUCUGGCUAUGUUCAGGCACAAUUUGAAAGCUCACCUUUUAUCCAUGCCUUUGGGUAUGAUUGGUGUUAGGGGAGUAUUUUCUGCUACUGCUAUUUUUAAUCUUAAAACACCUGAAACAUCAACUAGAUCUAGUUGAUGUUUCAGGUGUUUUAAGAUUAAUGAAUUGUUUUAUGAGGUUAACGGCCCUGUGCUUCCUUUUGGGAAGAAGGUUGGGAUAUAACAACAACAACAACAAUAAUAAUAAUGGAACUGAAGUGCUUGUAUUUUUACUGAAGGGCGUGUACCUAAGUACUAAACAUUUACUAACUGGUGGUCCUAGGAUUAGGUGAGACUUCUUUGUUAUCAGGGUUUAAUAGGAAUGUAAGUGUUGCAUUUUCUCUCUUUCUCUUCCUCCCUCCCUUCCCUAGUGCCCCCCACCCAUCUCCUAGAAACUUACAUAAUAUUAAACCUAAUAUCUGGCCUUUUACGAAAUAUAUAAAUGUAGGUGAAACUCCAGCAAGUGAAAAUUCAUCUUUUGACAACAGUCCAUAUGCUUUCCUCAUAUAUAUACUGUUUUGCAGAACCAGGAAGAAAUAUGAAAAAAAAAAUCUUUUAAAACCUGAGAGCAGCUUCUCCUGUUUUCUUUUCCUUACCCCCAUGUUGAUAUAAGUAAUUUUGUUAAUGUGUUUGCAGUUUCAUUUUUUCUGCGCUCUCUCUCUCUCUCUCUCUCUCUCUGUGUGUGUGUGUGUGUUUGUGUGUGCUUAGGAGUUGUAGCAUGCAGAGAGGUUAACUCUUUGCUCCUGGUGCUGCCUUCUUGUUGAAAAUCACCCCCUGAUGAUGUUGUUUGCUGAACUUUCAUAUCACGUCAGCCAAAAUUCAUAAAGCCUCACCUUCCUUCCUUCCUUUCUUUCCAGCAGUGGUGCUCAUUAAAGGAUGAAUAAAUAAAUAUUAUCAGGCCUGCUGAAGGAAGAAAACAACUUAAAUGUAAUCAAGGUAGCUGAGUCAUUUAUGACAGUAAUUCUGAAGAACAAUUUGGCUUCCCCAUGCUCCUGAGCUAGCGUAACUAAGGAUUUCUAGCUGGAGCCAAGAUGCUACAAGAUCUUUUCAGCAAACAGUAUAUGUCAGUGGCUUCUCUCUUUAAAAAAAUCUGCGGUGGAUAUUAGCCCUCUACUAAAAUGAGUUUGACAUUGCAUUGUCUAGGGUUAACUUGGGCUAUUUUCUGAUAACUGAUAUAAAUUAAUAGCUGUACCUGCACAUAAUGUGAAGAAGCCAUGGUUUGUUUAACCAUGGCUCGGUCAGCAAACUGCAAGUUGUCACAGAUAGGGUUGACCUUGCCAUCAGGCAAAGUAAUCACCUUAGUUGGCAGGUGCUGGGGGGCAGUGACAGCAACCCUCUGGCUGUUCCCCCUAAGCCCUCAGCCAUUCCCCUCUAUGGGAUGAAAGAGCUGUGUAUGCUAAAUUUCCUGUCCUGACUCCACCCAAACUGGCCUACUGACUUUAGAUGCUAUGAAGGAUGCUAUCCUGCCACCAGGGUUGAAAGAAGAUUCAGCUGCCAGUCCAGUCAGCAUCUUUAUAUGGAAUGAGGAAGGGCACCAUCUUAUCCUUUGCACCAGUUGGCAAAAUAUCUUGACUCUGCUCUGCUUGCAGAUGAGCAAACAAACCAUGGCUUGUUCUUCCAAAGUUUGUUUUUUCCAACUGUCCCCCAUCUACUUCUAGUCUACUCACGGUUUUAUUUUCCAGCUGUUCUUACCUGUGCCUCUGCAGCUUGGCAAGCAUCUGGGUUGGAUGGGCAAGUAAUACAUGGUUAAGCAAAGGCUCUUGGGUUUGGACAUAAUUCCAAACCAUAGUGGAAAAAAGGCCAAGAUUUGUAUGGAUCAGAGCCAGUUUUGGACUGUGUUGCCUCACUGAAUAAAGCAUAUCAUACUUGAAAAUGACUCCUUGCCUUGUGGUGCUUUUUUACAUGAUGCUUAAAGUCUGAAGUACUCUGAUCUCAACUGCUGUUUGUUUUGUCUCUCCAAACCUUUUCAUACCCCUUUUUUUCAACCCACCUGGUUUUUGAUACUGUGUCAUCUGUUAUUCGGCUUUCAGUACUUUGGGUUGAGAUAUCAAGGCUUUUCCCUCCCACCCCCGCACACAACUUAAAAUACCCCAUAUUCUGUUAACAUUAGAAUAAAAAUUGUGAGCCAUAAAGGAAUGGAUAAAACAGCAAAGUGAACUACAAGUACUUCUGAGCCUGUCCAUUUUAAAAAUCUUUUUAUCAGUGACUCUCAGGCUGCAAACUGUUCUGAUUUAGAUAAGAGGCAUUCUGCUGAAGAUUAGAGCUGUUCAGACAUUUCCCCCACAAAAAAUAAAAUAAAGUAGAAUAGCUGCUACAACAGAGCUAAACAGUGGGGUUUUGAAAGUUCAAAAAUGAUGCACAGUGGUGAACCCGUGUGCCAAAUAGCAGCAGCAAUAUAUCUCCAGAGUUCCAAAUGCGUUGUGGCAAAGACAAAACAACAAAAUGCCCCUAGCAAUAAUGUCAGAACUUUGGUUCCUGGUCAUUUCCUUUGUGAUUUUCUUUUGUACUUUAAAGGCCACUUGAAAGCAGGUGUUGGGGAAGGUCACUCUUGUUUUCCAAGCUGUGCCUUUUUUCUCAGUUUCUGGCAAAUGCAACUUGAUCCUCAAAACACAAACCACUGGUUCCAUUUUCUCUGCCUGCUGUCGUACAAUGCUUUCCACAACCACAGCUUGUGAUCUUGAGGCCCUGUUCAGAUACUACUUACUGGGCCCAGGGUAAGCCAGAAGCAGUGUAGUUAGAGGCAGGUUAACAGAGGCAGAGUAUUUGGAAGGCUGGAAAAUGGGAACUUAGGUUGGCGGGAUGUUUUUACCUGGGGAUAAGUUGGUGAAACUGAAGAGCAAUCGGUCCUCAAGGCUGACACUUCCUAGGACCAGGAAAAGCUGCAUUGGUCCACCAGAUCAUCUGCUGGGGCAUCUGAUACUGCCUAGCAGUGACCCUGGGUCCCAGUUCAGUCCUCAAAUCCUUCAGCAGGCAUGCUGCCUUGGUGCCCCCAGAAGGGAAGGUGCUUGAGUCUGGCUGGUAAGGCUGCUGAUUUGAGACCCACAUUUCCUUUUGUGGCUUUAGAUGGCUCUGCCAUUGCUGAUAGGAAAGGGGAAGUUUCCUUCCUGGCUUGUAAGUUUGCUUGACUCUGCCGACACAAGUUCCAGCUCCUACCUUGGCAGCACAGGAACUGCAUUUCAACUGAUAUAGAAAAAUAGGGGUGGUUGGCUUUUGCUGCCCAACUCCCCAAGGGACUGAGUCCCCUAAGUCCAUGAUCAGUUAGAGAUGGAUGAAUGAAUGGAGGCAGGAGGCAGUGAAAGCAAUGCAGAUCUUUUAUUUUUCUGUUGCAACAGAGUUCCCUCCCCUCCUAGCAAGGAGACAAGAGAGACCCAGAACCAAGAAGAAGCAUCUCUCUUAAGGGUUUGCAUUUUGGAGUGGAGAAGAAGGGACAUUCCCUCUACAAACAGUCAGAAAUGACAUCACACAUAAGGUGGGGUUUCUGUGGCUCAGGCAGGCCAAGGUGUGAUAUCCCUGAGGAUUUAGCAAGUUUCACAUAGUUCCAGACACAGUUUACACAAAACAUGAGCGUUUGAUAAGACAAUCAGAAUGCCUGUCAGACGUCCUUUGUCCAGAGCAUCUGGGCAAACAAUGAAAAUUAAUACAAUGGAGGUUCAUAGAUACAGGAGAGGAAUCUCUUCAGGAACUUCCCCGUGUUCUCAGGCAAGGGGGAUUAAGGAGGUAGAGGAAAUAUCUAGCAUCUUUAGAAGAGCCAAGGUGGCUUUUGGAUUGCUCUCCUGUACUAUUUUAGACAUGUGGUUUAUAUACUUAUGUAUGUGUGUUUACCUUGUGCAAUUACCAACAUUUAUUCUAUAUUUGAGACCUUAGAAUUCCUAUAACACUACCCACAGCCAUGGACUCUCCCAUGCCCUGGGAUAUGUACUGCAUCCUUUUCAAACCUGAGAUGCAAUGCCAUUUGUUACAUGCUCCUGAUGGUAACGGGAUGGGAAGAAGGCAAUUGCCAGACUUCUGAGACAUGAGGUCCAGAGUGGAUGGACCUUUGGUCAGAACCAGUGGGGCUCUUCUUUCCUUCUGAAAUAAUGUAGAAACAACUUCUACCAGUAUUUUCUUGCAGUCAGAUCAGGGCCAGCUGCACUGGGGGGUUUGUGAGGGAGGGAGGGCUUGACAUGGGACCCUCUGGUGACCUCCUUUUCAUGCUGUGGGCCCUCUUCAUGAAGGCGCGGAGCCUCUCCCCCUCCUAUAUAUUUCCUCUGGAGGCACAGUAAGGGCACAGUAAGACUAGCCACAGCUCAAAAGGAGGAGGAAGAGGAGGAGGGGUGUGUGGUAGUGGCACUCUACCAACAUAUACCAGUCAACUGUCAUUAUAUUUGCCCCAAAGGGUGCCACCUAAUGGCAUUUGGCCUGAGUCCGGUUAUUGCAGGUUCAUUAUGCAUGUUUUUAGACUGCAAUCAUUUGCAAUGGGCACCCAUCCAGCAGACAUGAGCUGAACCAGAGCCAAGGCUGCCACUUCCUCUUGUGCUAGUAGUCCCGGCUUCAUUUUGGUUUUUAUUUAUUUUUACAAAAAGAUAUCUUGAAGGAGCACAGGGGAGAUGGUGAUGAUGAUUGUAUUUAAGUAGCCAACACCCUUUCUUCAGCUUACCAGAGUCUCUAAGUCUAUAAGCUUAUCAGAUUGUUACCAGCUUAUCAAAGUCUCUAAGCCUGGAAGCAAUGUUCCCAGAGACUUAAAAAAAACCCUCACAGCAACUUUUCCCAGAAUCUGAUGAAGGUUUUCUGAGUUGCCUUGGUUCAUAAUCAUAGAAUCAUAGAAGCAUAGAGUUGGAAGAGACCACAAGGGCCAUUGAGUCUAACCCCCUGCCAAGCAGGAAACACCAUCAGAGCACUCCUGACAUAUGGUUGUCAAGCCUCUGCUUAAAGACCUCCAAAGAAGGAGACUCCACCACACUCCUUGGCAGCAAAUUCCACUGUCGAACAGCUCUUACUGUCAGGAAGUUCUUCCUAAUGUUUAGGUGGAAUCUUCUUUCUGAACAGCACUCCAAGAAAUCUUCACCAGUUUCCUGGAUAAAGGUUGUUUGUAGUCUAGAUGUGGGGUUGGACUAGAUGAUCCUCGGGAUCUCUUCCAACUCUACACUUCUUACUUCUAUGGGAAGAUGGAAAUAAAGAAGGAAAUAGUGGAAGAGGAGAGUAGAAGCCCAGGAGAUCAAGGAAAGCAAUUAUCUGUAAAGCCCCUUAAUAGUUUUGGAUAAAGUAGCAGUGGACUUGGUGUCCACACUUUCUGACAAACUUUUGUUUAGAGUUGUUGGUUUGUGCUUUUGUAUUUUAUGUUUUUCCUCCGUAAGUGCAUGGUGCAUCUCUGAGCAGUGCAAGUUGGCUCCCCUAUACUGUAAUUCCAGAGCAGUGCUUUCUUGCAUUCUUCCUAAUACAGACAGCGUGCUUUUAAAAUGGCAAUGUGGAAAGGACAACUGAGAGGUGCUGAUGUUUGCUGGCAUCGUACAAAAGUGUCAGAAAUAAAUACUAUUGUGGUAGCGUUGAAGAUAGCAGUGCCAUAGAGUUCAUGCUCAAUUGAAAUAGUUUCUGCAAGUCCCAGUGCUGUUUAUCUUAAAACCAAUGGGUCUCAAACUGUAUAGGGCGGGCACAAAAUCCCAGGGAGGAUUGGGACCCAGAAGCAAGUGAAGCCUUUCUCCCACCACUAUCCAUGACCAAGGUAGAUGGAACAUCUUUCCCAGUAUAUGGUUCCUCAUUGAUCCAUUAAAUUUGUAGCAUUGGCUAUGCAAGAUGGUAAAGUUAAAGGUACCCCUGCCCGUACAGGCCAGUCGUGUCCGACUCUAGGGUUGUGCGCCCAUCUCACUUAAGAGGCCGGGGGCCAGCGCUGUCCGAAGACACUUCCGGGUCACGUGGCCAGCGUGACAAAGCUGCUCUGGCGAGCCAGCACCAGCGCAGCACACAGAAACGCCGUUUACCUUCCCGCUAUAAAGCGGUACCUAUUUAUCUACUUGCACUUAAGGGUGCUUUCAAACUGCUAGGUGGGCAGCAGCUGGGACCGAAAGACGGGAGCUCACCCCGCCGUGGGGAUUCGAACCGCAGACCAUGCGAUCGGCAAGUCCUAGGCACUGAGGUUUUACCCACAGCGCCACCCGCGUCCCAUUUAUGCAAGAUGGUAACUCAAUAUAAAAAUGCUGCUUUUUACUAAUGAUGAUCCAAAUGUGUGGAGUAGCUAUACCUCAGUAAUAAAGUGCAUGCUUUGCAUUUGCAAGGUUCCUAGGUUCACAUCCCAAUGUCCCUUGUUCAGUUAUCUGUAGGAGUAGCCUUAAGAGAGUGCUACCAGGCAGUAUGGACAAUAUUGGGCUUGAGGUGGACUGCUAGUCCAACACGAUAUGAUUCAGCUUCAUCUGUUCUGUAUAAAUGUGUUGGAUUUUUUUUUUUUUAUGUAGAGCUUUCGAUGAGAUUUGAAUUCAGCUGUUUGCCAGCUUGAUCUGUUUUUUCUUCUCUUAAGGGUCAGUCUGCUGGUUCUAAUAUGUGUUCAGAGGCUUAGAUGUGUAAAGUAGCAGGUGGUGGGACAAACGUUGCGAGGCACCUAAGUCAUUUCCUUCUUUCACCACAGAUAAUAGGUAUUUCUACAAUAUUUACACACCAUCCUCUGAUUGCUUAGCACAAAGCCUUUGCCAGCCUGGUUCUCUCCAAAUAUUUUGGACUACAACUCCCAUCAGCCCCAACGAUCAUGAAUAGCUCCACAAUUAAGCCUGGUUCACCACUUGCACAUUUAUUGGCUGCAGCAUCCAGUAGACUGUUUGGGUCUUGAUAAUGCAGCCCUGGGUGGACUGUAAUAGGUAAACUUUAUGGGUGCAUUCCUACUAUUAAUCCACCCUUUACCCUGUUCUGGAUAUUACCCAGCUCAUUAUUGGUCCUGGAAUAAAGGUUAUGAUGAAAUAGCAGCAGGACACCCCUUACUUCUCAUGUCAUUCAUUGGGAGUGGGAGUGGAUUAGUGAGAACAUGGAUGAGGACAUCCUUGUAGUGUACCCAUUACACAUGGCAUAGAUGGGGCUGUGAAUAUAUAUAGCAUCCAUUGUUAGCUAUGUAGGGUGGGCAUAGGUGUCUUAUCUGCUUUUCAGUUUGAAGACCAAAGAAAACCAAUUUAAGAAAUUGUUUCAAAGUCUCUGCUGAAAGACACGUAUUUGUUUACUUCUGAAGAUGGGGUAAACCAAGAUGACCUCCUUGAAGAAAAAUCCCUUUGCUGGAUAAACCUCUUUUGUUGUUGUUGGUUUCUAAUCUUCCUUUCUUUUGUCUCAUGGAGAAGUGUUGACUGAGUACAGAGAUGCCUGAAGUUGAUUGGGCAUGUGGUAGAUUGCAUAGUCAUACCUAUUGUGUGGUGGUGAAAGGGGCAAAGAAGGCUAAUUUGGUGUUUCCAUCACAACCUUGAGUAGUUGGCCAGCAGAGUUAUUCCAUGUGGUGAGUGGACUUACCGUCCUCCUUGCGAAUGCUUCGGGUUUUGAGCUCCGCUAACCCAAAGGUAGAUGCUCCCAGUUGCAAACUUUGCCCCAGGAUGUGAGUGGAAGUCGCGUGCCGGCAGCGUGGCAGCAGCGGAAGGCGCCAUAAGCGAAAGCGCACCUCAUGUUACGAGCGAUUUCGGCUUAAGAACGGACCUCCGGAACGAAUUAAGUUCGUAACUGGAGGUGCCACUGUAUUGGAACUUAGGCAAUAAAAUAACUUGUCGUCUUGUUGAGUUGAAUGCUCCCAUUAUAAUAGAUCCACAACUUCUUGCCUGGUCUUGUGGGAUCAGUUUAAUGGUAGACCAAAUGCUCUUGUACAACAUGCUCCCUCGACCCCUGUGCAUCGUAACUUUAUUUAAGCUAGCUGAGUUGGACAGGUGGGUCCAGGAGUGGUUGGUGUGUGUGUGUGUUGCCACAGUAACAAAUGCUCCUUUUCUGGGUAAGGUGUUUUGGCAGGUGGUAGCAGUCCAGCUGCAGAAACUCUUGAAGGAAACUGAUUACCGUAUAUACUCGAGUAUAAGCUGACUUUUCCAGCACAUUUUUCAUGCUGAAAAAGCCCCUCUCGGCUUAUACUCGAGUGAGGGUCCUUUCAGGCUGCUCCUUCCUCUGCCUUUGCCGCUGUCAGCGGUGGAGGAACGAGCAGCCUGAAAGCAGCCUUUUUGGGCUGCUUGUUCUUCCUCCUCCACCGCCGCCACCACCAGGUUUGUGGUGUGGUGAACCGGCUUAUACUCGAGUCAAUAAGUUUUCCCAAUUUUUGUGCUAAAAUUAGGUGCCUCGUCUUAUAUUCAGGUCGGCUUAUACUCGAGUAUAUACGGUAUGUUGAUUGACUUCAGUAUGGGUUCAGGCCUGGUUUUGGGACAAAAUCGGUUUUGAUUGCUCUGAUGGAGGACCUUCUUCAGGAGAGGGACAGCAGCUGGGUUUGCUAUGUGGAGUAUUUUUGUGAUCAGCUACUGCUGAUGAGCUGCUGGGUCAGGUUCACAGUUUUGUUGUUAACAAAACAACUGAACAACUCUGGAGCAAGUUACUUGAAACAUAAUCUGAUCCUGUGUAGACCACUUAGAUCAUUUCGAAAUUUCUACUCCUGAUACUGCAGCCUGCAGAAUAUCAUAGGGUGGUGAAUAAAAAGCAGGUACAUUCUGCUGUUUCCCCUGUAAUAUAGAAUGGCUUUUUAUCUCACACACGUGAAAUGUCAACUAUCAGUUGCUUCAGUCAUCUUGUAAAGACCUCUUUUUUUGCCCAGGCUUUUCCUGACCCAUAAAACCAGACCCUUAAAAAUAAUUUACAUCAAUUCCCUGCAUUCCUCCUUUUAUUUGUGUUUAUAUGCUUUUAUACUACUGUUUUUGUUUUAAUAAUAUUGUUUGUUGCUUUGUUGUUGUUGUUGUUGUUGUUGUUGUUGUUGUAGUACACCGCUUAGAAAAUUAAAAAAUACUAAGGGGUUUAGAAAUGCCUUUGAAGAAAUAAAUAAUAAGUAAACCAAUUUCCUCAGUCCUUUAGUCAUUGUAUUUUGAAAUGAAAGUGUGAUGGUUGCGUUCUACUUACAAACCCAUGCAAACAUUUGUGUGUGUGUGUGUGUGUGUGUGUGUGUCUGAAUCAAAUUAUCCCCAUUCGCUUUACUGAGCCACUCGCAAAGUCUCAUUUCUGUGUGAUUCAUGAGGUACCCAAGCGCUGAAAAAAAGAAUUCCCAGACCCCUGUUGACUUGAGUGUGCCUACGUGUGUGUGCAAGAGACAGAGAGGAACUGUUUACUCAAUGUUGUGCUGUCUAAGGAAUGCCUUUGGUCCAAUGUCACUGCCACUAUUCUUGUAUGUUUGCCUUCUAGCAUGCUCCUGGUCAACUGAGAAGGAAAUACAGUUCUUGUUCCACUAUUUUCCUGGAUGACAGCACAGUCACUCAGCCCAACCUCAAGUAUACAAUUAAAAGGUGGGUAUGGUGGCAUUUUUUUGUUUUUGUUUACUUAUUUCUGCAUAAUUGCUUCUAUAACAAAGGCACUCCAAAAGUGGAGGACGGACCUAAUCCAGCCUUUCCCAACCUGGUGGGUGCUAUCCAGAUGUUUUUGCAGUAUAUCUCCCAUCAUCCUUGCCCAUUUGGCCAGGCAGGCUAGAACUGGUGGCAGUUGUAGUCUGAAACAGCUGGAUUUGCUUUGAAUGAAGCGCUCCAGUAAUAAACCACAUGCUUGCUGGCUUGUUCAGAUCUGGUCUGAAUGCUUGAAGUCAACAUUUGGCUUCAGAAGUCUUCUAUGUUUUGUUUUUUUUAAACAUUAAACUGAACACAGGUACAAGCUAUCCCUGCACACAUACAGAUGUUUGUGUGAAAGAGUGUUUUUGUACAGUUCAGCUAUUGUGAAUACAGCAACACAAGAUUGUGUACACGUUGAGCUUUCCAUGUGAAUAACUAUAUGAGUGUACAGCUCAAGUAUGCUGUACACAAAUUGUACACUUGUGAAACUGCUAUAGUGAAAGAACUGUGCCAUCAAUGAACACAAACAUUUGUUUUUCUACAAGGAAACAACUGAUUUUGCUGCUGCAGUCAGGUUUUUAGUUAUCUGCUCAGACUUUCAAAAUGUACAUGUGGAUGCAAACACACCAUAAACCUUUGACCCAUUAACAUCAUUGAUGUUUAUAUUCAAAAGUUGUGGUUGAGCUUUGCCAUUACCAUGACACCGAAAUGCUAGCAUAUUUGUUUGUAAAAAAUUGUGCAAACUUCUAGAAGAGGCAUAAAUAACCCCUUUGUGUCCUUUCUUUCCUCUCCUCCCCAGUUUGCUCCCAAAAGCUUUUGAAACCCCAUAAAAGGCAAAUCAUAGUAUAAUUGGACUGUGCUGUCUGUGUUAACUCAUGAUGCAUUGGAAAAAUAGUGGUUUUCUUGUAAAAGUCCUUUUGAGGAGAAAAUCUAGCUAGACACACACACACACACACACACACACACACGUCUAUAAAGGACACAGUGGGAAGUUGCAAGCCCAGAUAAGACUAGCAAACAGUAAAAUGUUGAUAAGUAGAUUGUUGUUCAAGAAGUAGAUACUAUAAAAUAUCUUCUCUAUUUUUCUGCUCCAUUAAGGUUUUCUGUUAAUCUCCUCUGAGCAGUUAGAGCAAUAGUUCUUACUGCUUCCUCCUCUAGAUUACCUGCUAUUAUUCCUUUUCCAUAGUCAAUUGAUAAAACUCUUCUCCCCAAACUGAUAUCCUUAUACCAAGUGUACGCCCUAUUGCUGGUCUCUCUUUCUGUUCUCUCUCUCUCCCUCCUUCACUCAGUUCAGAAAUUGUCCUCUUUGCUGCAAUUGCAUCUGACCUCUCUGUAAGUUUCUGCGCUGGAUCCCUGUCAGUUUCUGCAAUUUGUCCCCUUUUCCCAUUCCACUUUUGUUCCUCCCCAUUACAACUCCAUGGCCUAUCCAAAAUAUUUUGCAAGUCGAAGUAUCUACACUUUGCUUGUGGUGCUGCAAAGGAUAUUGGGAUGCACCGCUCCAAUUUCACUAGAUUUGCUGGUGUGCUAGUUUCACUGAUGCCCCUAAAAGUAUUGCAUUCCCAAGCUACCACUUGAACUACUUGUGAGGCAGGUUGACCUGCCCCCCGCCCGCCUGAUUCUGCUCUCGGCACAUGGAAGACCUCUGCCACCGCUGGCGGUUUCAAUUCCCUCUCCUCUUUUGAAUCAAUUUCUUUUAAAAUGCGCUUCUCUCAAAGAUCUGAAGAAGCACUUUAUUUAGCGCUGUGCAGAUUGAUGGGAGCUAGCCCUGCGUGCUACAGGUUAACAUCCACCACUUUGUUUAUUGAUCCCUGCUCUCUCCCUUGGCAAGAAACAGUUCCUACAGGUUGUCUGAGCCUUCUCGGAAGGUUAAAAAUGGUUGUCAAAGCUUAGCAAUGUGACUUUGCAGAAAACAUUAAAUUUGUAUCCCAGAUCACUAACUCUGUAUUUUCACUCUGUUUUCUUUUACAGUGUAGCUCUUGCAAUAUAUUACCACAUCAGAAACAGGUACGUUUAUGUUGGGAGACCCAAUUAUUGCCCCACCCUGCCAUUCAUUAGUUUCCUCUUGCCCCUUUUAAUUGCCCAGUGUGCAAGCAAUAAUACCUGGUGUAGGACCAAUUCAUAUGUUACCUCAGCGGCAACAACAGUUCUCCAGGACUUCAGGCGGGGGUCUUUCUGAGCCCUGUCAGCAGACACCAGAGAUUGCACCUGGAACCCUCUACCCUGGCCUUUGA